AUGAGUGAGUUCAACUCCGAGGGCUCAGAAGAAGAGCAGUCUGAAGUCGAUGAACGGCUACAUGAACAGUCAAUGAACAGGCCUCCCAUUCAGCUCAUUUCCAGGUCCAAAGUGGACUCCCCUGGAGGAUCCCCCAAAGAUUCCCCUCGUGGGUCUCCUCGAAACUCCCCGCUGCUCUUCAGAAAACUGCUGAUGAACCGCAGCAUCAAUCUCCAGAGACGCCGCUUCACCCUGGCCCACACGCCCAGGUAGAGUCAGAAAUGCUGGGGCUUAGAUGACACAGAUGGUGGUGCUUUGUGCUGAAUUGAAAGACCUACUAUGGAAACUUUGGUUUGUGGAUGAGCCGCAGAUGAUAACUGUUUUUUUGUUUUGCACCUCUCUGAUUUGGCAAGUUUGGACUCAAAGCUUUUAAGAAAAUGCAAAAAUGCCAAACAGUCUUGACAAAUGCAAACAUUUUUGGUGGUAAUUUUUCCACGAGCGUUUAAACAGAGUAUUAUUCUUCCUAUAGACUUUCACUGAGGUCGAUUUUUGAGCACACACAAAUGAUCAAAACAAACACUUUCUUCUAUUCUUGCACGCAAUUUGUGAAAACAUGGACAUCCACUCGACUUAUUUUUGGUGGAGCAGCAGCCUCACUCAGUAGAAAAAUGUUUGCCCUGAAGCUUAUGUUAUGAAAUAAUUCUGACCACAAGAUGCUGAUGAACUGUGUUAGCUGUUGUUUGCAGGGGAAUUCUGCAUAUCAAAUCCUCCUGUCAGCUCAUACUGUUAAAAAGAUACUGCUUCUUUAUUCAGAUUAGCUGAUAUUUAAUUUGCAAAAAACUGAAAAAGCUGAAAUGCUUAUUUGAUUCACUCAUUACCUGAAGUAGGUUUUGCAGAAUACAGUAAAGGUAGAUCUACAAAAGUGCACGGUUUAGAUCAUGUUUAAUUUCCAUCAUCUCAGUAAACACACACACAGCUCCGAGUCAUUUCUGCUGGCAGUGGAUCAGCAGUUUGUUUUCCACGUCUUUGUCAAGCGAGAACUCAAUUCCUGCAAACACCCUUUUGAAAUGCAACAUGACAAGGUGGAUCUUGCUCUGCCAAAAAUAAAGUCGUAUAUCUUGCCUCUCUGUCUAUAAUGGUGGUUAUAACUCUUGUUUGAGUGCAGCUGCUUUGCAGGCAGACCGGCUUUAUUUUUAUGAGCAGUUAUUUCAUCAGACACGAGCCGCGAUGCCAAUGCAAAUCAAACAUUUACUCUGCUGACGAUGUCAAAGCAGGAGCCGUAGGAUCAAUUAAACCACACUUGACCUCUACUUCUCGAGAAGGGAAAAGUAAACAAGGCUUUACACUUGUGUGGAAAGAUAUACAAGCUGGUGGCUUGUUACACCAGGCGAAUGUUUCGUUUCAUGGUUGGUGUGCUUCUUCAGAAGAAGGAGACUGCCACGGAAAAUUGCAGAGUGCUGUAAAACCAAUUUUUAUGCACAUGCCUGCUAUCUCUUUGUCAGUGUUUGUCCUUUAAUCCUCAACAUACACAGACUCAAGCAGCAGGAACCGAGCAGUCCUGGGCUGUUACUGGGCGUCUACAACUCGUUGCAGUGAUGUUAGACGACAUCCACUUUGGUGAAAUAAAAUUAAAAGCCCGGGUGAAACUCGAGCUGGUGUCGUGAAGUGCUGCCGUACUUUUACUGGCAAUAAAUGUGUAUUAAACCCUCUUAAAGAAGCCAGUGAAGCCUUGAAGAAAACUCAGAGUGUUUACAAGUUCAUUCACCUUUCUAAACAUGUCGUCGGAGGAUCGUUUUGCCCCAGGCGUUUAGUGGUCUUGGAUUGGAGAUUGGCAGAGAUGUUUUUUCCAAGCUCUACUAAGACUGUUUCAUUAAUUUCUCUGGGUCUGUUGAAAAUCUAAAUAUUAGAGGGUAAGAAUCCAGUGGAGAGGAUUUCAAGGCUCAACCUGGAGAGUCAGAGGCUUGCAGUCUAGCACAGAUGUUCAACAUGUCAGAGCUUUUAUAUUACACAGAUCCCAGGUCAGGCCAUUAGAAGUGUCCCUCUGCAGGCUAUGUGCAGUGUCCCAUAAUGUCAGAGCUGAAAUAAAUGGAUAGAGAGGAGUUAUUGCAGGAUGGCUGGCAAGAAGAAGGAAUUAAACAAAGUGGGGGUCCUGUGGAAAAUAAAUGUCGCAGACAUCUCAAAUAUAGAACACACCCGCAAAGUUCUUUUCACUUAGUGUCGAGGGUGAUUUAGUGUUUUUUUCCACUCCAAAGACAGCACGUCAAAUAGAUUUCUUUGUGAGAAACAUUUAAUGAAAACGAAGUUUUUCAGACCAGUACUGUUAGGAACAGAAAGUUUGUUAAAAAUGUGUUUUUCAUAAAAGAUUUCAGAGUCUCUGUAAAAGUUAAGUAAGUAAAUUUAAUUCAUAUAGCACUUUUCAUAAAUAAAAUCACAAAGUGCUUUGCAACAAGGAUAAAAUGCAAUAAAAUACAGAGAUCACAACUCAAUACAUAUAACAGAGGCCCCACAACAUCAACAUCAGUUAAAAGCCUGUCUAAAAAGCCUGUCUUUCAGUGGACUCUAUGCUGCGGACUCUAAGGUCAAUGGUAGUGUAAAGACGAGGGGGAUUGGCCUGGAAAGAGCAGUUACUCUGGUCUUUGAGAAGAUAAACAAACUUUUACUCUAUUUGAUGCCGUCUUCAUUCCUUCUGUCAUUGUUCAGAUUUGUUCCUAAAAUAUAAUAAAGUUUACAAGAGCAACUGGCAUGUUGUAAGGAAGUAAGUAAAAUUGAUGUAAAGUUAAUGGGUGGUCCUGCAGAACAGAACCCCAACAGGGUAAGUACUAAGCAGGACACUAAAAUAACCAAAAUAAAAAAGAUUUCAUUUUGUAAAAUCUAAAAAGGAUUUAUCUUCAAUUAUUUCAACUGUUUUUUAUAUGAUGCAUCAGAUUCAACAUCAGACUCCGUUUGAUAUGAAUUCAUAUUGAGGUGAACAUUUGAAUUAGUGGUUGACAUGAAACAUUAACCUGUUUAUUUGUUAUUUGUAUGUACCUAAACAUUUUUGGCAGUGUUAGUUUAAGCAAACGUGACUUUAGAACAGAUAUUCAUGCUGACAUUUCUGUCCUCAUUCAGAUCUACUUCCUCUUGAGGCUUCGCAGUUGACACACAGUGGAACUUAAAUGAUGCAAAUGUCACAACUUUUAACAUGGUUGCAGUUCUCCCUGCUGCUUGCAGUUUAAGUCUCUUUGUAGAGAUGCAUUCAUCAGCUGUGUUGCCAUUAAGAGGAUUGUAGGACAGGAUAUUGGUCCACUUUUACCAAUUAGAGAUGGUCGGAGCUCUGGGGCUCCUCAGGCUGCUCUCACAUCUGUGUUCAGGGAAUGUUAUUGUUUCCCAACUCUCAAGACCAGCCUGAAGGAGAAACUCGUGUUUUUGCCACAGUGUCAACAGGCAAAGUUGAAAUGUUCCAGACUCCUUUCUAUGGAUUGAUUUAAUAUUCUCCUCUGUGUUGCUUUUGUUGUUGAGUUAGUGAUGUUAUAAGCAUAUUACCUGUUUUGUGUUGGGGUCUUGGUCACUGUGUUAGGACUUCGGUUAACUCACAAAACAAGACCCCUGAUGACAUAUAUAGUGACACUCAGACGCCAAAACCACGCUUCACGUUCAUGUUUAUGUACAUACCAUAUUGUAAGAGUACCUCAAGUUUGUAUUUUCCUGUAUGCUGCACAGUGUGACACAAUACUUAUUGAUUAAUAUGGGGAAAAAAAGGAGAGAUAGUGAGUGAUUUCAGUGUAAAAAGCAAAGUUUACUUUGGUAAAAAAUGACAGUUCCUGCAGAUUUCAAAGGUGAUUGAUAUUUCCUGAUUUGGUCUGUCGUUUUGUUCCUCUUUAUGAUGAGUUUGGACUUUUUAAAAUUCGUCUUAAUAAGCUUCAGAUUGGAAACCUAACUCGUGUUAGAGUUCAAGUAGUACUCAAGGAGUAGUUCAGAACUGUUUACCUUUGGGAUUUUCACAAUUAUAAGCAGCUGAAGCUUAUUGUUACAGUUCCUUUUUCUUCCACUAGAGGCUGCUGUGUUGUUAAAUGUAGUCAACAUACCAGAGGUAGUUGUCUUUUUUGUUUCUAUGAUGGAGUAGAAGGGAAAAAAUACCAUCCAUUAGCAGCUUUGAGGUAGGGAAACGUAUUGAAAAUGAACUUUAAAGGUUGCAGAAAUGCACUGAUGUGAGUUUCUUGAUAAAGUUACUGGCAUGUUCUGUACGUGUUUGUAAGCAGCUUUUUUUUUUCACUUAGUCAGAGGUACAUGAAACUUUUUAGAGUCAAGAGGAUGUGCUAACUUUCAAAAAAAAGUACCCAACAGACUCUACUUUAAGAGUCUGUUGGGUACUACUUUACAUUUCACUGCAAAUAUUUCAUGAACUGUAAGCCUGAAAAAGUUUGUUUAUCUCCUGUUGCAUUAGAAGACUUUUUUUUAAAAUCAAAAUGUAACAUUAAAGUAUAUCACAGCAACAAAAACAUCAUUUUAAAAGUUAAAAAGUACACUCGUGUACUCUGAAAUGCCUUCUCAUGAAGAGUUUACACCAUGUAAAUUGCUGUGUUUAUAUUACAUUCACCCAUUUGAAUCAGUGAACACCGAGGACUCAGAGGUCCAGCUUCAAUAUAAACCUCAUAUAAACCUCAUUUGUGUUGCAACAGAGACUUCCUGUUCACUCCUCUCUCUCACGUGAAGACAAAUGAGAUGUUUCCAUCCUCUGCUCAUUUUGAAUCCUCUGCUGUAUUUUCACAGUCAUGCACUUGAUGACAUCAAAUAUUUAUUUAACUGUGAGGAGGAUACCGUGCAAAUCAGAUGGAUUAGAUCAGGACAUGAGAGGUUAGAGGAGAAGUGCUGGAUAUUAAAAAGGAAAAUGGGAUCACCUUUUAAAAGAGCACACACACACACACACACACGCAGUAUUGAAGAAUUGAUUGAACGGUGAACUGUUGUUGCUGGCAUUGAGGCAUGACGGUUGCAUGAAAAAAGAGGAACUUUCUUUCUCUCACGUAGGAAAUAAUCUGCUGUUUUGUGUUUUUUCUACGUGUUCAAGUUUCCUCCUUGUGAACCAGCCUCUCACUCCACUUCUUUUUACUCUGGACAACUUUCUCUUAUAGUAACUUUCUUUGUCUGUACACUCUUUCUGUGCAGUCCGCUCUCUCUCUCUCUCUCUCUCUUUCUCUCUCUCUCUCUCUCUGCCUCUCUCUCAACCCCUCAACACCCCUCCCCUUCCCUCCCCCCUCUACAGUAUCUCUCACUCUCAGGGGAGAUAGUGUCGUUGUUUGUUGUUUUAAGCCCGAGUUUGGUCCCACCACUCUCAGGAGAGAAGAAAAGAGAGAGCAGAAGUCUGUUAUGGCCCGCUGACAGGGACGACGUGGGAUGGCCCACUCCAGGGAGCAUCUGAUGGGAUUAUAACACUCUUUCCAGUGCACUUUUUUCCCCCACUAAGAAUAACUCUGCUCAGUGGGUUGUUGGUGCAGCAUCACAGAGGCAGCGCUGUACUCGUUUGGACAACUUUUUUGUAAACAUUGCUGGAUUUGAUUUCUAAAGGUACCCAAAGUCCAUUUUUGAGGAUUUCUGCCGCUCCCAAUUUGGGACUAUGAGGAGAGAGGAAAAACACACAAGAGAAGAGUUCAUCUUGACAUGUCUGUGGUGAGCAGAGAGGAGAUUCAGCGAGGAGGUCAUCCCAGAUGAGCGCUGACAGCUGACACCAUCCUUAAUUCUACUUGAUCUGAUUCGACUCCAGACUUCCACCGUUUGAGAGAUGAUACGCUGACCCCCUCUGCGAUUCGUCUUUGACAGCCAAGACUUUUUGCCUUUUUAGGAUGUUCACACUCUCACACAUGCCGGGCUGAACCUUUUUGAAUUCUCCUUUUUUUUCCCCCACAAAAACAAAAAGGACAUAUCUGUGACUUCAGGACCUGCCAGUUGAAUUUGAGUUUGAUGCACUCUGGUCUGUUAACUCUUUGCUGAUCUGGAAAUAUCAAAUAAACACCUGUGGGGGAUCUCAGCAGGCCUGACUCACAGUUUUGUUCACCUCUGUGCUGCCUCUUUAAAGGUAUAGCUGAUGACAACCUUGUGUGUCUCUCUUUUCCAUCUUGGCGUUGUUGUACAUUUGACAUUCAUGGACCAGUUUUACCUUCCUCAUCCAAUCGAAGGAUCUGUCCCCUUUCAUAACUCGUGACCACGGACAGCAUUCAGGCAGCGUUUCCCCUCUGUUUGAUGACGACAUGGGGGCACUGGACUUACCACAGAACUUUGUUCGGUUCAUCCCUUGCCUCCCAAAGCUUUUUUUCUGACGCCUCGCUGAAUCCAACCUGAAUCCUUCUGAACUCGCCGAUAAAAUGAUGAACAAAGACUCUCGUUUUCCAAGGAAGAUGCAGGGCAACUUUUCCAACCGCAGACACUCGUGCAUUGGGUAUGUUUUGCUGAGAGCUUUGUCAAUAAAGCUGCUGAUGAGUAUUUGAUAACAUAACACAAACAUGCAUGUGCGCAUUUCAACAGGAAACAGAUUUAUCUCAUUUCUGGUUCUUCACAGACUGUCUUUGUCUUAUGUAACACAUGAAAUGAAGUCAGCAGUAGGGGAAUUGUUUGACGCUGCAGCUCUGUUGUUGUUUAUUAUUGUAUUUAAUAUGUUGGUAGCACACAAGCAGCAGUUUUACUUUGUUGUUUAGCUGCAAUGUUUCAAAUCCAUCCAGAGAGAACCAUCGUCAUCACAUCAACUGAACUAAACUUAGAAAGAGUUUUGACGUGGUGGUUGAUCUUUUUGUGGUUAAAGGCACAAUACCAUAUACGCUCAGUUUUGUAAUGAGUCUGCAGCACCUGUAUCCUGUUCGAAACUCUGGCUUGAGUAACCUACUCAGGAAGCUCACAUCUGCACAAUGAUUCAGUGGUUAAGGCAGUGGGUGUCCAUGGUGGUGUGCAGGCUGCUGUGGUUGGUGUUUCAAGCCUCAGGGUGGCAUUUUGGAUCAAUGGCUCUGUCCACUGAUGGACCUCCUUGUGGUCCCUGGACUCGAGCCAAACCGAGGCUUCCAUGUUAGGCACAGCAUGGACGUCAUUCAGUCCAGGACUUCAGUUUCAUAAGAGGACUGAAGAAAUAUUGGUGUGCUCUGGAAAAUGGUCCCAAACAUGAGUGUCUGCAGAUGGAGCAGAUUUCAUCUCUGUUUUCUAUCUCGUCCUUCAGGAAACUAAACAGUUAGGAGUACAAUUCUGUGUCAUGAACUUUUGCCACUUUAGCAUGUUUCUCUAUCCACACGCUGAGGAGACUGACUGACUUCAUUGUCAUAGUAACUUGAUAUAAUAGUGUAACCAGCUUAACAUCAAAUCAGCACCUCUAUGAGAUCCAUGCAGGAUACGAAGUUGAUUUGAAUAUGUUUGCAGGGAUUGAAAACUGGAGGUAAAAUCAAAUGGAUUAAAUAUAUACACACACACACAUAUAUAUAUAUAUAUAUAUAUAUUGGCACAUAGAGCACAUGGAUGCACACACAGGUUAAGAGGAAUCAUUUGAAUAAGCUUAUACGCUGCUCAGAUUCAGAGAGACUCAGCCUUUUCUUCCUUUCAAAUCCCCCGUCAUGUUGUGACUCUGGGCAGAAGGCAUGUGCCUCGCGAGUGUCAUCCGAACUCCUCCAGCGCUGAGCCUGUUUGGAUCAUAUGAGGAGAUCAAAGCAGGAGAUUCUCGACCGCAGAAGUGCAGCGAGGAGGAGAACAAGCCUCUUUUCUCUUUACCUGAUUUGUACAUUCAGCCCCUCAGCUGAAAAUAAAGUACUGAGAGAACUUCCUGGAGGCUUCAGAUCAAGCUGGCUGAAAACUUGUUUUUCAUAUUCAAAGCUUGCUAAGACAGAGGUGUAUUCAAAGUAUUGGAGGCUAUAAAUACUGAAGUAGGCACAUUACAGCAGUAGUAAAUUAGUGUAAGUAGAGGCUAAAUUCUUUUGUACAUGACUGAUUUUCUCUGCCUUUUUCUAAACACACACACACACACGCAUAUUGCGAGACAAGGCUGUCUCUUGUAAUCCAGAUGUGUCCAUCACAAUGGAGACAGCUCUUAUGCCUGCUUGUACUAACAGUACCAGGGUACUAUUCAUCCUGGACUUCGCCUGUCAUACUGACUAAUAGGGGUGGGAAUCACCAGUGACCCCAAGAUACGACAUUAUCUAACAUUCUGCAAUACAGUGAGUAUUGCGAUAUGAUAUAUUGCUAUUUAUAUAUUUUUUCAAUUAUUUAGCUAAUUUAGCAUUUGGCUUUCCUUUAUGUUUGUCUUAUUAACGCUCUUUAUAUAUAUGUGUGUGUUGCACUAACUUUCUCCUGGUCUAUGAUGUCAAAAACCGUUGAUUUUAAUUUUACAUUAUCAUAGUUUUGACUUCACAUUAGCAGUUAAUUUGAGAAAUUGAUACUAGACGAUACGAUAUAUCACCAGACGAAAUAUCGCAAUACUAUGCUGUAUUGAUUUUUUCUCCCACCCCUACUGACUAACACGCACACACACACACACAUACAGACAGAGUUAUACUCCUCAGGGUGCUUUCUUACCAAUGUUUUUAUGGCUUUCCUAUCAGUGUGUUGCAUUUUUUAUUAUUUAUUUGAUUAAGAUGAUGGACAUUGAUCAACUAUCAGCAACAGCAUCAAAAUAAAUAUGCCUGAGUUAGCACAGUCGCUAAAUUCCAUCUGUUGUCCCAAGGCAGGCAUCCUAUAAAAACAAGAUACACAUAAUACACCAUGACGAUUGGUUAAAACAUGUAGAAGUUUUACACAAAAAGUCAAUCCACAUUCACAUUAAGGUUAAAAGUCCAAAGAGGAGAGACAAAGAGGUUACCCAUGAGAGCAGGUCUGGCUCGUUUUCAACCACUGUUUCAGGGUCUUUUUAAAGGUAUUGUAGCUGACACAGUUUCUAACAUGAGCAGACACUGUGUUCCAUGCCUGUGUCCCUCUGAUGGAUACACCAUUUAGCCAAAUUUAGUCAUGCCUGUAUUGCAUUUAAACAACUCCCUGUUGCUGCAUUAAGCAGGACGGAGACUGAUUGCUCUGAGUCACAAUCAAGAGGAGAUAGUUUGAGCUGCAUAAAUACUUGAUAACAAAUUGAAGUGGUACAGAAUGAUAAGAGGAGACCAGAGCGAAAUGUGCGCAAGAGCAACUGGUCCAAUGGCUGAUGGACUGGUAAAAAGAGAUAAUUAAGACAAAAAAAGGUCACGGCACAGACGAGAGGGUGGUGAAGAAGUGAUAAAAAGGACGUGGGGCAAGAUAGCGCCACGCUUAGCCCAGAGAUAGUGACCGGGAGGGGAGGGUUGGACUGAGUGGUGGAAAUAAAAAUAAAAAGUGUUUUGAAAGAGAUCAAAAAAGAAAAGGAAAGUGUGGCCGACAGAAUGAUGAGAAAAACAUGAAAAAGUGUCAAGUGAGGUCAUCCAACCAAAGGGCAAGAGUGUCAAUGUCAGAAGUCCCAAUAUAGUUGCAAGCCCCCUCCCUCAAACACACACCCAGAUUAGUCAAUAGGGCCUGUGUGGCUGUGGCGGGCUGGCCGCUGUGUGCGUCACUGCUGUACUCCAUAUUUUCAGCAUGACUGAUUUUCCCAAUCGCCUGCAGAGCUUCAUUGAUUUCUGAGGCAGCAGCAGCAGCACUAAGACUGUUGAAAUUCACAACUAACAUCCCUAUCGUAGAUUUUACACGCACUGUAAUUCAUCACCCAAAGUUCAGAGGGAGUUGUUUGAAUGACUAAAAGUCCAUUUUAAUUUUUUUUUUCAUAAGAUUGUAAUAUCCUCAGUUUAUCAGAAGUGCUGCUGCUUUGGUGGUGAAAAAAAAUGGAUUUGAAUGUUUUAAAACUGCCGAACCAAAAGAGUUAAAUCUGUAACAAAAAUAUUAACUUUUUCACCAUGUGGUAGAUGACAUAAUCAUUUAAUUCAAAGUGCUGAUUGUUAAUGCCUCUGACAUUAUCAGGAUGACUGCUUAUUGUAACCACUAGAGGGAGAAAUGGACUAAGUUAUGUCUGAUGACCGUUUCAGAGCAGCAGACGGAAUUUGUUUGAUGGAGGGAAACAUACUGAUGGUUUGGCAGGUUGUGAUUCAGUUUUUAUGGCAACCAAAUGGAAACCAUGUGUCACUAAUUAGACAUUUAUAGUUCUGUGGAGAUUGGUGGUAAUAUGAAAGCAUGUGGUUGAAGAAUUUUAACCUUUAUAUUUUAUGAGGGGGAAUAAGCCGUUCCCAUUUUUUCUCACAGUCACAUUUGUCGGUGUACAUACAUAUUUGAUGUUUGGCCUUUUUUUUUUUUGACUAAGUUAUUUUUUUUCCUUUUUGAUCUACCUUAGAUUUACUUUUCAGAUAUGUUCAGCUCCCUCUGAGGUUUCUUUCUGUUCUCUGUUUGCCAAUUUCAGCUGUGUGCAUACAGGUUGUUGUACGCUGCUGACAAUUUGAAGCCCUAUUAGAUAAUUUUGUGAGCCUUGGAUAUAUAGAUUAUAUACACAGCUGAUAGUUUUUUUUAAAUCAGGUAAUGGUAUUCAGCUGAUGGAAAUACCUUUUUAACUAAAGUGCUGAUACAUUGCAGAUCAGUCUUAACAAAUAUAGCAGCUAGAUUUAAUACUGAGUAGAGCACUCAUGUUUAAUUUAGCUAAUUUUAACACAACACUCACAUGUAGUAGAAGACUAAUUUAUGAAAAUAACUUGGCUUUUUAAAAUAUAGUUUCAUCCCAGGCUGGUUCUUCAUAAAGUAAUGUGACAGAUUAUUCUAAAAUCAAUGUUUAAAUUAGUUGCCAUUUGCACAAAACCUCUGAAACAAAGCAAACAAACAAAAAACACUGGCGGCCCAUAUGCUGGUUUUAGUUUGCCCUAUGGGUGAUAAACUGGUGACAUGAGUUAGUACGCUUUUGUUUUUCCUACAAACACCUACAGCUGAAGGAUUGACCACCUGACAUAUGGGUGCGCAUUUCAUUUAGUGUGUGUGCCUUUAGGUGCAUGUUCAUGUCUUUUUUCCAUAUGCAUGUACUGGAGACCUCUCAUGAUUGUGUGUCUUUUUAGACUAUGUGUGUAUGAUUGCGCGCGUGUGGGUGUGUGUGUGUGUGUGUGUGUGUGUGUGUGUGUGUGUGUGUUUGCGCACGAGCUCAAGUCUUCCAUCCAUCCAAUCCCCAAAUCAGACGAGCCCCAAACCCCACCGUCAUGGUAGCAGAUGGCAGCCUAAUGAAUCAUGAGCGACACACUGAUAGCCUUUACUGCCGUACAUGCUGUAACAUGACGUUUGACAUCACAGGGACUCAGUUAAAUAUAGGCUGCGAGCAACAGCCACAUGCUCACACCUGGUGCUGCUGCUUUGUUACGUUUGCAGUAGUGUUUAAGAAGACAUUUAUGCCAUGAAAAAUGAGUUCACAGUGUUUGUAUCUGGUUCUGCAGAACUUCACUGCUGUAUUGACGGGGUGUUUGCUGGGUAAUAAUAACACUUGUAUGCUUGUACUUCUACAUUUUCUUUGCGCAGAUAUUAUGUGGGGCUGCAUCCUGAAUAUUUAUGAAAACAAAUUGAAGAGGGAUUGUAAUUUUUUCUCAUCAAGUAAUUCUGGGGGAAAAUUCUCUCUGGAGAUCCUCUUACUGACCUGUCAAAGUUUCCUGCAAAGAUGUUACACUGCUCCCAUGAAUACGCUUGUAUGUGUGUGUGUGAGUGAGUGAGUGAGUGAGUGAGUGAGUGAGUGAGUGAGUGAGUGUAUUUAUUUCAGUCUGAGUUUUUCUAAAGUUGCUUAUUUAACCUUUGAGCUCUGCAAAGCCCACCACUUGUCCCUUCUACGCGUUCAUGUUGUCCAGCAGAGGGUUGUCAAAACUAGUGGAGAGUUAUUUUCAUUCCUAGAAAAGACAAACGUCCAAAGAUAGAAAGCUAGCCAAAUAUAGCAUACAUCUGUAUGUACAACAUAUUACACAUACUCAAUUUCGUCGCUGUAACACAGCAUCACAGUAUUUUAACGUUGUUUGAUCAGACUUCCAGUCAGCAAACACGUAAUUUAUAGUAUCUUUUUAAUGUUAUUCCUUCAUUUUCUUCUGCAGUCGCUCAAAGCUUUCAUGUGCUGAAAGGAGCGCACACUACUAACAACAGCACGUUUAGUUUAAGCACUCAAAUUUUUUGAAACUGUGUACUACAGUUUGUGAUUUAAAGUCUGGGAAAAGCAGGUGUGAAACUUAAAACGCUCUUGUAGGUGUUCAUUAUCUCACCUUACAGAUUUAAUACUGUCCUCCAUGGUGGGUAAAAAUACUUCAGAAGUUUAAUGAAAAGCAAAGCAUAUCUAAAUUCAAAUAACUCCAUAGGAAGUUUUUUAAACAUUUAGAAGACAGUGUUAAAUUUAAAGUACUCUUUUAGAUUGAUUAUAAAGGGACUAUACAGAGAAUGUCUUGACAGUUUUGCAUUUAAGGACAUUUUUGGGGACUUUGUGCCUUAAAUACAAACCAGAAGUUUGACUGCAUUAUUCAAUUGCUACUCCUCUCCCGUUAACUGUCUUUAACAGUGUUGUAUUUGUAAGUUACUGCAUGCUGUUGUCAGUGGCAACAGUGGUUUUCCAGAUAUCCUUUACAGCCCUGAUUUGAAUAACCGCGCGGAUAUUUAAAUGCACUACAGCCACACAUUUGAAAUGUUGUUAUUUGUGAAUAUAAGGUAAUCAAAUCUGAGAGUUUAUGAAACGCUAAAGCAGAAUCAUGCAUUGUUGAAUACUUCUUCGGUUUCGUGAAAUGCUGAAGUGGAAGGAUUAAACUUUUUUUUUUUGCAUUUAUCUUAAAAAAAAAAUCUCCUCUUGUGUCUGAUGGACAUGCAUUUAAAAGGUUGCAUGCGUGAAUGGUUGAUCUUGUUCACACUUAAACAUCUUUUGGAAUAUCUCUGAAUGAUAAUGUCCCAAAAACAGUCCCAAACCUCGAGCAAAUAAACUUGAACAAUAAAUUCCCUUGCUUAGCUUAAUUUUAGUCCCUGUAACUUCAAAUACAAAACAAAAAACAGUGUGAAAAAGCAAGCAGAGAAUAUAUACGGGGUAUUGUAUCAACAUCACAUCAUCAACUUACAUGAAUCCCAGACAGAGCAGCACAAACUGACUGACACUGACAUAGAAUAGAAAGGCUUUUUAAGUCUCUGUUAUUAUUCAGGGUUCAUUAUCUCAUAUGACAGAAUUAUAAAACACUUUCUACAAAACAAAACAUAAGCUAAAAAUAUAUAUUUUUUUAUUAUUAUAUUAUAUUAUUAAAUUUUUGUGUGUUUUUUUUUCUGGUGCUUUAAUUUAAACAUAAUUGGUUGUCAGGGGACAAAAUGACAGAGGAAAUUAAUCAGAGUCAGCUUUACAAACAAACCACAAACAGACAGUAUGUCCAUUGACAAGCAACAACUCAGACACACACUGUCCUCGCUGACUUCAAAACAGCUUGUUAUACAGGAAUGCUCGCCAUGCGUUCAUGUAGCCAACACAUGAUGUCAUGAGGCCCCUUUGCAAAUAAUGGACGAUUAGCCCACAACUGAGGGGUCAGCCAGGAUUUAUGAUGCCUCACUAUUUUAUGACUCUCAGAUAUUACCUCGCCACAUUGUCCUGGCUUCAGCAUUUCGCUUGUCUGUCUAGAGACGAGAGGUGAGGAUACUGAGCAGAACUAAACAUUUCAAGUCUGUUUUCUCUCAAACGUUCACUCUCUUCCACCACGCUGACGCAGAUACAUGAACUCUGUGAAAUCCUCUGGUAAACUGCCAACCAGGGAGUGUGUGAGUGUGUCACUGAGUGUGUGUGUCCACUCUAGAUAACAAGCACAAGACUUCUGAACCGUGUUGUUUUAGCGCUUAUUCCUCACACUCAACAUAUGAAAACAAUUUCCCCGUCCUGAAAACGUGUAAAAGUGACAUAAAUCUUUCAGUCUCAACAUCAUGUUUACAUCCAGACACAGUUCAUUUCACAGGUGAUAAAUUCUUCAGUUUUACGAGUUUAAAGUCAGAUCACAUGUAAUUUUUUAAACGUUUUUACAGUGUGUAUCCACAGCAGAUGUGUGUGAACACAACCCUCACCAAGCCCAAAUAUCUGCAGUUAAUUCAUUUUAGACUUGUGAUCUGAUUUGUGAACUGUUGCUCUCGAAUUGAGGCUCAAUAAAAUUAAUGAAUAACAGUGUUGUAGUUCUAAGAUUGUGGUUAUGAUUGGAUCUUUUUGUGUGUACACUUCAUCAGAUUUCCUUAAAUGGCAGUUUAUCUUAAGUUUGGCACACACUGAACUUGUGUAAUAUUAACAGCUUAUAUAAAAAGACGUUACCGGAGGAAACAGCAGAGGUAUAGCCGUAAUAUGUCACAUCUUACAUAAACAUAAAGUUUAAUAUUAAAACAUGCCACAUGAGAAAUUGUAAGCCAACUUUUCACAUAUGUAGGUAAUGCACUAACAGUACUGCAUUGUAUUUUAAACUCUCUGACUUCGAGCAAGGCGUCUGGUUUAUGUUAAAGAUACCAACCCAGCCUUUUAUUACCGGCACAGAUUCCUUGCUUUUUCCGAUCCAUUCUCACCUACAGUUGUCCUUCUGCCCAAUAAUUUGAAGUCUGCGGUUGAGAAGUUCGCUCUAUUGAUUGAUUUGCUGGUUUAAUUGAACAUCAUCAUACAGCAGAAUUGAGCUCGAAGUUCAUAUCCAUUUAUGGAGAUCUUCUUGUGGUUGAAGCUCGCUGGAUAGCAAUCAAAUGUUCAUCAAGCCCUGAAACAGCUGCCAGCUUUCUGUUUUGCGAGGCAUAUAAUGCAUUUAACAGAGGUGGCGAAUUUUCUGCUUUAAUCUUCAGAGUUCAUGUGACACAAGCUCUCCGUUUCAAAUGGAAAUAGAUCACAAAGGUAGAGUUAUUUAUCCUCAGCUGGCUGCAUCUGACAGUUUGCUUGCACGAUAGAUACAUUACUGUCAGGUCCUACUGUCAGCUAGCAAUUUUUUAUGAGUUUGUCCUAGGACCAAGAAAAAAUAAAAGUUUGGGAGAUAGUAAUUUUACGAUAUUUUAAGUUUAUGAGAUGACGUCAAAGAGAUUUUUUUUAAAUGCCUCUUCUUUUUGAUCUGUGACAAACCCAAAGUAUCUAAUCAAACAGUCAUAAAAGUGAGUUAAUUUUAAUAGUAUAAACCUCUCUGACAUAACAAUAUCCAUCUAACAGAGCUUUUAUUAAUAGUGAAGAAAUAAUCUGCAAGUCAGACUGAACAGUUUCUUUUGUAGAACUAAAUGCAGCCUAAUUUCAAAGCUACACUCAUUUUCAUGGAGGUAAAAAAAACAUAUGUGUGUGUGACCCUGUUUACUCCAGUCUAGGUUUCACAACAGUUUACAGUCACACCAGCUGACCUGGUGUCAAUCAGGGUGAGAUUUUUGAAACCAAAGCUUCAGGAUUUCCACAGGUGAUACUGAGUAUAACACCGCUGCAGCUGAGUCCACAGAAGCCACAACAAUAUUUUCUAAUGACCUCACUGUCUGAAACCACACUCCACUCUCUCAAUUUCUUCAUCAUCCAGAAAGAAGCUUUAAGUCUGGGCUUACAUCCACCGUCAAAGCCCAGUUAUCAUAUGAGAGCAAGUUGAGAUAGUUCAAAACACAGUUAGGGGAUUAAACUUUUGUUGCUAUCAGUUAAAAACUGCUUUCAAAGUUCGAUCAAAAUCUCUUCUAUCCAAACAUUUCAACUGAAAAACAUCAUUUUCUUCCCACUACAGUUGCAGAAAUUGUCGUCAUUCUGAACAGGCAGAACUCUUGUGAAUGACACAACCCAACAAAUGAUAGGUGAGACCAGGAUGUCCUCGAUAUGGUUUAACAUGAUUCAGUAUGAUAGCUAAUAAGGUUAUAGACCUGGGUCACCAGGGGUUAGGGUUGGUUCUAGUACCUUGGUGAAAUUCCUAAUACCAUGUUCCCUUGGAGAUAUCAGGCAGGGUAAUAAGGCAUUGCUUUGUUGUUCCGUAUUUGUGAACAUCUGAGAAGAUUCUGCUCCUUUUUUUUCCAAGAUGAGUUGAUGUCAGGUACCAUUUUGCUGACUUGGCUUAAACUCACCGUACCUUUAUUGUUAGCCUAGCUCUCUUUAAAUAUUUGAUUGUCCAUUCUGUAAAUUAGCCUUUAGCGUCAUCUUGAAAUACUGAUUACGUAAACUUUGUUAACUCCGCUCUCUUCUUAUGUUUAACUUUUUUUCCCCAAAUAUGGUCACAUUUCAUUUCGUUUAUUUAGAUCUCCAUUAGCUUUGGCUUCGGUCAUUGCUAUUCUUCCUGGAGUCUACAUUUACAGUUAGCUCUCCAUUGCAGUGCACAGUCACAAAAAACAUCACAGCACAAACACAAAGACAACAUCGGUUACCACAGCAACUCACAACAGCCUACAAGACAGAAACAAAACAACAAAAGUAGAACAACACAAACAACAUACGCAUAUGACUGGACCUUAUAUAUUUCCACAGUGUAGCUGUAGUUCUGAAAUAAUCAGACGUUUGAAUAAUUAAUUAAUUUACUGAAACAUCUUCUUCUGUAAACAUAAGGAAAAAAAUCAAUAACAUUUUGGACUUGUCAAACUUGGUAUUCAAUUCCUUGUGUAUAAACUCUGUUUUUCAGGUCCUGAUCAAACACUUGAGGCUUUAUCUGUCUUUAGGUGUCUGAGUGAUUGCCUGGGUCUCAUUUAACUGACCUCUUCUCAUAUAUUUCCUGGCUAAGCUUCAUAUGUGGCGAACAGGAGGGAGGCCUGCUAGGGUUUCAUAUAUUUACUUUUCACAUUUCUGGUCUUCAAAAAUACACCGCCCCCGGCCAUGGGUGACCUUGCGUGCGCUGUUCUUAAGCCUGAGUACAUACUGUAUACGGGUAAGCAUGUAUGUUUGUGUGUGUGUGUGUGUCUGUGUGCAUGUUGUCUGUCCUAGCAAGCUGUGUCCAAAGAAGAGCUACUUAUUAUAAUACCCUAUCAUAGUCAUCCUGCCAUCAAUCUCUUUACCUAACACAGACAACACACACACUGGACACUCACACACACUCAACAUGAAUACAAAGUGCUAUCUGGAAAAGUGGGAGAGUUCUGUCUGUCUAGAGAUUGCAUCAGGAGUCAGUGUGUGUUUGUUUGUGUCUGCAUGGAGGGAGAAGGAAAGGGUUAAAACGGCUCUAACAUUUGGCCAUGCUGGCUCUGAUCCCGCCCCCUUUCUCAGCUCUGACCUCACUCUGAAACUUGUUCCCCCCUUGUGUUGUUCCCCCCUUGUGUGUGACACAAACACACACACACACACACACACACACACACACACACACACACACACACUAGCCCUGUCACAUGCCUACACACAGCCCUGCUUGCUGACGCACGCGCCUACACACACACACACAUACACACACUUUGAACACAUUCUGUGGGGCGCCCUCCACACACACACACACACACACACACACACACACACACACACACACACACACACACACACACACACACACGGCACAGGGUUACUGUGACAGACUGGAGCAGGAGAGCAAGUUUGCCCGAGGAAAGGAAAGGUCUCUGUUUGCUCUGUUAUUAAAGGUGUAGCAGAAACCCAGAAAGGAGAGAGGGAAGCGGUGAGAGAAAGACAAGAAGAGCAAAAGAGAGAGAGAGAGAGAGAGAGAGAGAGAAGGGGGAAGAGGGCAGCAGUGUUGCGCCACAUUUAGACCCGCAGCACAGACAAGAUGUUCAUAGGGGACCGAUAAAUGGAGCUCAGCUGAGAUUGAUGACAAGCAUUUUCUACAGCCUGCGAGGCAGACUGGCAAGCAGUGAGGAGGGUACAGCUCUCAUAGGAGGAGUUCAGCGGCUCAGGGAAUAACAAGACUCUUAUUUUAUUCAACCCAAGCAAAGAGAAUCAGAUUUUCACCAAGUGUACAGUGACAGCAUGGACUGCAUCGCCACCGUCAUCCUGCACUGGUGCCACUGGUCCUAAACAAGCUGGUGUCCACUCCUGCCAGAGGUAAUGAGAACUCCUGGGAAGCCAUGGAGAGCAGCCGGACAGCCCGACAGAGCAAGACACACAAGGAAACGGGCCAGGUUUUACAGAGAUGAGAGCAGCCACAAGCUGAGGAGAAGCAAGAGAGGGAGAGCAGCAGCAGCAGCACCAGCAACAGCGGAGCGGCCGAGAAGAGGAGGGUGAGGACGAGUUUACAGAGAGUAGACUAAAGAAAGAUGAGUGUGCCGACGAACUGUGGGUUCUGUUACUCCGUGGAGCGGAGUAUCACUGUGCGGAGUGGGAACAUAUGGGGAUCGCCGUGUGCUGUCAAUAGGCCCAUUGACAUCACACAGAAACGCAGGCGGUAAUUAAGAGCUAUCUUGUUAACUUUCACUUAUUAUUUCCCUUUUCUCUCUUCUUCUAAGUGCCUCCUUUUGUAUCUCACACUCAUUUGUAAUAUCACUAUUACAAAAUGCUGCUGUAGUAUAUCAAACUGUGAUUCAUUUCUCUACAAAACUCAUAGUUUUCUCUGGAAGCUGCAGCCUUCAUGCAGUCCACUAUCAGCUGUUAUUUACAAAAACAUUCCCUGUCCUUAUCAGCUGUUUUUGCUUCAUAUCUCCAUUUCCAAAAAUAUCUUUUUAUCAUAUUUCCUCUUGACCACUGGUGUGCUCUCCUCUCUCCACUGCUACAGAGAGCCACACUGUUCUGUUUUUCACUAUUUAAUAGACUUCAAAUAUGUUCACUUUUUAUGCCACUCUUUUGCAAAAGUUGGUUUAAAGAGCUGUAUGAAAAUAAUAGCUUUUGGUUUAAAAAAAAAAAAGAAAGACCUUCUGUGGUAUAACUUUCUGUGGUUGUACAAAACCUUAACCAAGAUUUAAAUUAGGUAGCAGGCUGUACAGAAGAGCUAUUGUUUGUUUGGAUGUGUGUGAGACAUGAGCUAUUGUGUGGUGUCUGCAAAUGUCAUUUAAAGGCAGUUAAGUCGAGCAAACAUGCAGCAGAUUUACAUUUUUUAAUUUAAAAGAACUUGGAGGCAGAAAAAAUGAAUUGGAUAAUAAGUAUAGUUUAGUAUUUCUGAUUCUGAAAACCAUGACAAGUUAUUUGCUUGUCCUGUAGAGUAAAAAGAAUCAACAUAUAGAAAUUUCACAUUUACUUUUUAAAUUUUGCAAUCAUCUGUUUGUCUGUUACGUCUCUAAACAGCAACUUCUGCCCCUUUCUUACAACGUAGAAACUUUGCAACCAGAUGGGACGUUAGAUAAACUAUUGCAGUGUCCUUUUCAGAAAUGUUCUCACAGGAAAAGUCCCCCAAAGUCUGGUAGCUUCACACAUAAUCUUCAAUGCCAGCAGGGAGGCUGUGAAGGAGGGCUCGGAGAUACAGUCUUGUUUACAUUGUGGUCCUCUGUUCUCUUUCUCAGGCAAGAUCUUUGUUUAUUAGAUUUAAUGCAGAACACUUGCGCAGAUAGGGGGAUUCAAAAGGUCAGUCACCCUUUCAAUUUAUGUCCCCCAAAGACCCGCACCAAGUAAUGUACUUGACUCCCACUCUUAAUACAGUUAUAUCAGGCUUCUAGUUUUCACAUCACUGCCCUGACUGCUUUUGAAUCUAAAUGAAAAAAGAGGCCCAGAGAUUUAAAGUCACUUGUGGUUUUAAGAGUAACUGCCUAUGUUGAAGAUGGUCAUUUAAGGAAGGAAGUUCGAGGCUUGGACAUUGGGACAACAAGUCUUUAUAUGGGUUGAGUUAUAGAUAUUCUCUGAUAGACGGGGUUUCAAUGGCAGUGUUAGAGCUGGAGUAGCCGCCGCCAUUUAUUCUCUGGAGGAACACAUACGCACAGACACUCCUCUUCAGUGCAUACUUUGGCAAUAUUUAUAAAUCAACAUGAAUUGAGGAAGAUCUUUUAAUAUUGAGCAUGACAUCAUGAGACAACACAUUAGUGUUUGAUGAUAUCAAAUUGCAAUCAAAUCUAAAAGUUUCUGUUGUCCAUCCACACUUUUCAACCCCUGAUUCUCUUGUCUGGUCUUUUUCUUUUCUCCUUUAUCGUGGCAUCCACCCAUCUGUACAGGAUAUACCCUCCUAACACUACACUGGUAAAACUGGCCCAGAUGCUGGUCAGAGCUUGUAUCCUAAACGUGAAAUAUACUCUGCAGGCAUGAGAAAAGCUGACUAAAUGAACCUGAAAAUAGAGGAAGGGUUUAAAUCUGAAAUCAGACACCAAACUCUGAUCUCUCCUCUUGCGUGCCUUUGGUGUGUGAUUUAAGGCUCAAUUAUCGCAGUUAAACCACAGACAACAGCCAGAUAGCAGUCGCUCUUUUCCUUAGAUGGGUAUUUGUCAGGGAGUUGCAUGUUUUUUCAUGUCAGUGAGUACAACAGGUACUAUACAAAUUGAAGUGUUGAAGUACAUACCAAACUCCAAGAUAAGCAUCAGCGAUUUAUUUUACCCAGUGGCACAGCGGUUAAUGGUUUCUCUUUGCAGGUUUUGACAGCAUAUAUAACACCUGCUUGUUUUUCCUGAAAAAUAAAAGACAGAUAAGAGGAUUGUCUCUGAAAACCUGGUACAGGAACAGCUUAGUGUCCUUCAUGUGGUAGGCUACAUUCAUGUAUCCUUCAUUUCAAUCUUAUGGACCUGAAGUUGGCCUCAGCUAUGAAAACUUUCUGUAUGACACUAAGAUGAUCAGCUAAGAUGAUCAUGAUGAAACCUGGGAUUUUAGUCAUGGAGCAUGUGGUUCCUGAGAUGGCAAUGUCAAACUUUGACUCAUAUUUAAGUAUCAUAAGUUUGAUACAACUUUCCUAUUCACCGCUAUCAGUCUGACUAUCAGACUACCUGAAGUGAUGAAAGGACUACAACCCAAAAGCCUUCACAUUUGAAUGUGUUUAAAAUUAAACCUCUGAAUGCAAUGUAAACUAAGUUUUCCAUCAACCCUAGCUAUAAAUUGUGUUUAGACCAUGCUAAUUUGCAAAUAUUACUAUGCUAACAUGCAAAACUAGAAUAAUAUACACGGUCAAUGCUGUUUCAGUUGACUCACGCUGUAUUUGUCAAAACUGUCUUGAAGCAGUGGAGCAUUCUUCAUGUUUGGCAUCAGGGCUCCAAACCUCGUCACUCCUCGCAGAUUAAUUUUGCAAACAGAAAUUGAGGAGUGAUGUAUUAAUAUCCCAAACCUCCUGUAGUCAGAGUCCACAGGUGGGUGCUUGAAACUGGUGGGGCUGAAAGUUUGAGCCCAGCAGGGGUGUCAGUAAAGCAGAGGCAUAAACCAAAUCUUGCUGCGUAAUUGGACUAAUUUGGAGGUGAAAGUAACAAGGAUGCAAGUGUUGAAUGUAGGAAAUGUGCAGCUAAAGUUGCCUGCCUGAACUAGCUCACAGGCAUUGCCCUUUGAUUGCUCAGCAUCAGUACGUUAGCAUUAUUAUUUUUACAUGCUUGUGUGAUAGACAUGGAAAUAGUCUCAGUGAUAUCAUCCAUUGUUUUCUGUUUUAACAUCGUCAUCUUUGAUAGUUGGCACCAGAAUUAUCAAUCAAAUUGACUAGAUUUAAACCAGAGGCCUAAAAUGCUGGUCCUACACUAUGUCUAAGCUGUAGAGCUGCCACAAGCUACCAGCCCAAGUUGCAACUCAGUUGGGAGCAAUAAUGUUAUCAUUCUGCCGUAAUGCUAUACAACUGUAAACUAUGUAAACAAGUUCAUUCGACACAAAAGUUUUAAAGUGCAUAUGACCGCCCGGUUGUGUGCAACCAGCACAGGCAUGUGGAUGUUAAUUUGCAAGGAGGACCAAGGGCUGGUGGGACGAAUUCUGCUGUUGUUGGCUGGAUUUGGUAAACCAGUUGGUUUGAUGGGCUUUUAUGAUACGUUUUUUUAUUUUAUUUUUUUAAUUUUGGGGGCACAUGAGCUGUUAACAGUUUAGGAGAGACGGAAAAUGUGGGGAGUGGUAGAGAAUGGGGGAAGACGUGCAGCAGUGAGUUAUAACGAAUGGCAAUUGUUGUGACGAGGACUGUAGCCUUUAACUGCUACACUGACAGCAAUGCACAUUUUUGAAUGUUUCUUUUUUUGAAGCUCCUGUGAGGAGUUUUUUGAUGUUUAUGAAAAUUGUUGGCAUUUAUAUUGGUGCCUUUUAUUAUAUCCAGAAGCAAACAAGACCAUCAACAAGUUGAGGAUUUUUUCAGUGUUAUAUUUGAUGCAUGAAACUGGUGUAGGAAGGUAGGUUUUUAUUUAUUCAUUUUUUUAUUACAAUUUUCAUAUCAAAUAUUCAUAAUAAAGGAUACAUAAGUCUGUCAAAGGUCAGCAGAGCGACAUGUUUUGUUUUUUUUGGUCAAAAGUCACAACUCAAGCACAUAGAGGAUAGAAGAUAGCAAAGACUUCUUUGUGCUCAGGGGGUGACAAAAAAUAUAAAAAUAAAGUUCCCCACAGAAGCUUAAAGACUAGCCUGUGAGAUUAAAAAAUUAAAUUUUCUGUUUUUAUCCACCUGGAAAUCAGUUGCUUUGGAACAUCCCUGGUCUUGACAUCUUCAAAAUAGAUGAGAUAUUUUUAAAAAUGCUGUAAAACAUGAGCAAGUAAAAUCAAAACAGAUAUUCGUUUCUUUGUACUAGGCUGUAAAUGUUUUAUUUUGCUGUAAAAAUGGGCAAUUAAACAGGAGUGUUAACGGGUCUUUCAAAAUCAGCCUAUGGUCACAUGAGCAAGUGCAGUUAUUUGCACCUCCACAAUGACUUUAGCUGUUCAGUAUCUGAGACUGCUACUUGGUUAGCAUUCAGCUUAAAGUUAGUCUCUAAACCAUCUUUAAACACUUGCAACAAAAUGGAUGACUAUCUACCCUUAUUUAUUUAUAUUUUUUUAAACAAAAAUAUCACAUAUAUACUUUUAUUAAAUCAAACAAAAAACAAUAGCACAUUUAUUGACGGCACAACAGAUCCAGUAAACUGGUCUAGGGAUGUUAGAUUGUAAUUAAAUGCCGUUUUAUUAGCUCCAUUAGUUGAGGCUAUGUUUCCUCCUCUGCUCCUCUGCCAUUUAUAGCCGGCUCUGUGUCCACGGGCUGUUGAUCUAAUUUCCCUCCGCACUUUUCUGCAGAGGACAGAUUACAAAAAGCAGCACUGACACAAACUAUUUUUCAGCUAUGACAACCAAGACAGGGAUGGAAAACCCCUAAAAAAUUAUUUCUAAACGAACCACUGACAGCAGAUACAAAUGUAGCAGCGCAGAUUGAUGUUUGGGGGUGAGUGAGCAUGAUUUAUGGGCAGAAUAAUUUAUUAUGUAUUAAGGGUCUCAAAAGGACAGUUUUGGCAGGUUGCAUGUAGAUGAGGUAACUGUGCUUGAGCUUUAAAAGUGCAUUUAACGGAAACCCAAUACUCUCCCUCCUGUUAGUUAAGCCCGGGAGGAGAGGAGGAGGGAAAGAUCAAUCUUUCCUGUCUUGAUUUAUCAAAAUCUCAAAGUGUGAACACUGGACUCACUCUGAUGUUUUGGGAGCCAGACUUUGUCAGUUUUUUGUUGCACUAGAUAAGUCAGCAUGCAGAUAUUCUUGUCUUUGAGAUAGUUACACAGCAGCAGUGCUCCAGGUCAGAGUUUCUACAUAAAUUUGCCAGGUUAAUGUGGCUGUGAUAGAUUAUUCUGGACAUUCAGUUACAGAAGAUCCGUCUCUUUCUUUGCUGAAGUUAUAAAGUCACCCAUACCCUCCACAGAGCAUUGCUCACACUGGUUCUGGAAAAGGUGAAGAGGCAUCACAGCCAAAAGGCAUUUUAUCAUAAUAAAUGUGUCUGGAAGUGUUUCCAAAGCAUUUCUUACAUCGUCAGCAGGUUCUUGUGGUGGUCUGGCCCACAGGCAGCGCCUCGGACCCUCAUUUAUCUGCCUCCCGAACAGGAGGAGCAGGUCUACCAGUAUUGAGUUUCAAGCCUCAUGUACACACACACACAUACACACACACAUAGACACACACUCUGCUCUAAUGUGGGGUAGUAUUCAGGCUCAUACCUUAGUGUGGGUGCAUGAAUACAAGCACGUAUCAACACUUGCUGGUUCUGGGUCAUUUGUGAAGUUCAGUCACUCAGCGGUGAGUCGUGCCUGAGUGUUUGCAGUGUGGCAGGCUUUAUUGACUGAAAACUCAGUUUGAGCCUUAAUAUUUUACUGUCCAGUAACAAGGUUUCCAGACUCUGGUGUUCAAGAGUAACACAGACAGAAUAAUUGUGCAAUUAUGUGUCUGUGUGCAUGUCCAAAGAGAAGGUGAGGCUUUCAUCCCAGCUCUGUAUGGGGACGUUUAAAAGCUGCUGUAAGGAGUUUUUAGCUGCUUUUGAGACAGACUGAAAUUAAUGUAGAUGACUCUUAAUGACCUUUAAGAGCAAAACUGACCAUUAUCCCUCAGGUUGAGCAAUUUUAUACAGUUUUUAAAAAAGCACAGGUAAAAGGGUCAUGUCAGAUGAAUUGAUUUAGCCUUCAGUUGACAAUCAAUACAGAGCAGGGUAAAUUUUUAAAUAUAAAAACACAAGUUACACAUCGUCACCCUCUUAAAAAUGGCCUGAGUCAAUCAUCACGUUUUUCAGAAAUUAUUCUGAAUACUCUCAGAAAAUGGCCCAACUCACACUCGUAGUAUCACAUGAUCUUUUCAACUGAGGAUUUGGGCAAUUCUACCAGAGAUGGGCAGCAUCAUGAAGGACUGACUGAGGCAGAAAAAGUCAUUUUUGUCAAAAAAUGACAUAGGCCAUUAUUUUAAGAAGGUGACGACAUGUGGAGGAAAGAAUCAGCAAGGGGACAAAAGGCACCACUUUCUCUAUCGGAUGAGCUAAAAUCGAUACUAACUGAAAGUUCCUCACAGGAGCUUUAAAUCAAGGGGAGUUGAUCUAUAAUUAUGGUAGGAUAAAAAUUUAAUUAAGUUAUUUUUAUUUUGUCGGAGUGAAUCAGCAAUUAAGGAAGCUACAACAGAAACUUUUGUAAUUAUCUCGAGCAAUCAGAUACUCUUUCUCUUUGCCGUCGUGACUCAUUGUUAUGCCAGGGGCGACGCUAAAAAUGUAAGAAAAGUAAUCAUGUUUUUGUUCGUCAUAAGUUACUUCUCAAACAAAGAAUAGUCUGAAUUCAAACUCUUGAUGUGCCUUUAAGCUGUCUCAACAAAGCCACACACCAUGAGUAUGUAAUGGCUCAACAUGUUUGUGUAAUGUCCUCAUGUCUCAUUUAUUUCUCCCUCCUUUCCCACAUGAUGUAUGAUGUUUUUCUACGGUGUCAUCUCACGUCAGGAGCCUUUGCUGUUAAUACCUUCUGCUGAUCAUGUUACAACACUUUAAUAGACCAGCUUCUGAACUUUUAUGAACCUUUUCUUUUCCUCCCUGAACUUCUCCUCUGGGAAUUCUUGCCUUCAGACCACCACUUACAUUCAUUUCCCUCUAAUUCGUCUCCUUACACACCGAUGUUUUCUUUGCCAUGAGAUCCUGCGGGAUAAUAGAAGUUUCACUGCUGUGAGUGUGAGUAGACAAGGAAAAACCUCGACUCAUUCUUAGUCUCUUCUGGUUGCCAUCUCACUCAGGUUUAUUAAAAACACCUCUGCUAGCCUUUACACAGUGUUUACUUUCACUGUACAGUUAUAAUCCAUAAAACGCAUCUAUAUGUAGCAUAUUCUGUCAUGUUUGUCCAACCUCUUGUUCACUUUAUUUUCUAAGAGUUGUCGAGUGUAAAUCCUACUUCUAUACUAUAAAUUUUAGAUAAUGGCUGAUAUUUCUGUCAGUACUACAUUAAUCCAAACAUCAUGACAGAAAUUAUAUUUAAGACUUGCCAUUAAGUGUUUCAGAUUUAAUAUGCUGUUAUUGUUGUUUUUAUUCAAAAAGAUAAUGGUGAUGUUGACCUUGUAAGGGCCAAUAUCGAUAUGAUGCAGAUUUUGUAAAAAUGUGAGGAAUCUGCCAAUAGAUUAAUCGUCCUUGCUCUAAUUUUAAAGUAAGAAAUGUACUGAAAGUGUUUGAUUGAUCAAAGUCCAAUUUUUUUUAUUCUAAAGAUGAGCGUCUCAUCAACCUUAAAGGGAUAUUCCGGCGUAAAUUUAAGUUAGGGUCUAACACACCAUAACAUCGAGUUAGACACCCACUCGAGAGAUGAACGUUGCUGACUGCUUGCUUCUCUAGUUAUACCAACUUUAGUAAUGGCCGCAUGAUAGCAAUACACAGCGUUCUAUAUCUCCACGAUCAAACCUCAACCAAAAAGCCACUCUAUAGCCACAAAUAAUGCUCAGAACAGCACCUAACUUCAUCAACAGUACAUAUUGGGUCCCAGCCAUAACUAGCCAUUAAACAUCUUUUUAGCUUUGCCUGAUUUCUUUAGCCAAGAGACUUAAAACAACUCACCCACUCUCCUCCAGCAGCCGCUUGUUUGUGGGGGAGCCCUGACUAGUCGAUCACUAAGUGCAGUGGAAUUUCGCAGCUCAAGGAAGAAAAUUUAUGAUCAUUACUUCAUGGAAAUGCAAUCAGAGUUCUCGUGUAACUUGCACUAACGUGCACUGCAGACACGGUAGUUCUUCUGCCUUAGAUUGUAUUUCCAUGAAGUAAUAAUCAUAAAUUUUCCACUGACUCAGUGUUACGGUGUGUUUGAACAUAACCUUAAAUUUUACCUUAAUUUGACCUUUAAUUUACACUGGAUUAUCCCUUUAAUGCACUCAUUAGUCUGGAUCUUUUUGUCCAGCGAGAGCUUACGCAACUUUGAACUCCACUGUAUGUUGACACAGUCAAGAAAAGCACUGCUGUUGGAUUAACUUUGUAUAAUGUGGGGAAAGAUGUCCAGAACAUCUGCGGUCAACCUGACAUCACUGUCUCCCUCACCAUAAUACUAUACCAUCCAUAAACUGCACCAGUGGAUUGUUGAUUGACAGAAAGAUUGUCCUCAGCAGAUGCUUCAUAUUUUCAGGCACAUCAGAGGUCAGCAAGCGCUCCACACUCAUCAGUUCAGGCGUCAGGAUGGUAUUGUGUAGUUUUCCAAAGGAAAGAUCACAGGAAGAGAUCAUGAUUACAGCCAUCGGAGAGGAAACACUGAGAAUCCAGCUCAAAUAUAAUUAUUGCAAACACACACAGAUGUGUGCACCAGCAAGCCUACCGUUUAAUUUUAGAUCCCCCUCAGCAUUUUGAUUUAAUGUAACCAUGUAACCAUCUGUAGUUAGAUCAAGGACAGCGCUUUUAUAAGUUUCUCUUGUCCACAAAAACUGAGUCAACAGAAGACACAAUGACGUUUUUUUUUUUUUCACAUCACUGGCUCCAUACAAAAGUGUCCCAUUGUACAUUCUGUCUCAUAACUCUAUUUAGCGCUGAGUUGAGUCAGAAAAAGGUCAGAGAAGUGAUUUGGUGUUCCUGCUUGUCUGUUAUGUCAGCUCACACUUCAUUUACUCACAUUCUCACAGUUCUUUUUUUUUCACUCUUUGACUCUGAACAAUGGACAUACAUGGAUAUCACAGUGUUGCAAAACCUCUAAACUUGGCUACCGUUUGGAUCAAAAAAAGAGGGUGACAUAUGGGCUCUGUUUUUGUUGGGUGCUGAAAAGGUUAUUGUUUGUGUUGCUAUUCAUAAGUACUUUGUGGAAAAAAGGCAGCUACAUUCUGCUUUUAAGUUUUGUGUUACUUUGUGAAUGUGUAUGCAGUGUACUGCUGUUUCCCUCAUGGUUUUUAACAAGGCAGAUUAGUCUCCCAUAACAGAGAAUGGGAGACACAGGGAGAACUGUGAGGCAGAUCUAAUGUUUUCAUGCAUGUUGCUACCAGAGGAAGAGGCGUAGCUCUGGAAUCAGUUAAACCUGUUGAUAAACCAGUUUAUAAUAACCUGAAAUUAUGUAUUUAAAGGAAUCUAUUGCAUGAUAGGAAACAUUGGAAAGGUUCAGAGUCAGAGUUAAGUUGCAAAUGCGAGUCACUUAGAUUUCUAUGAUCAAACUAGAUGUUGAGUUUGAUGUGGACCCUUGUAAUGCCACCUGCCUGUUAGCUUAGCAUACAGACGUAAUAAGAACAAACAGGCUUAUUGGCUGACUCUUUGUCAAUGGUGACAAAACUUGACUACCAGCACCUGUGACGCUAUUCAACACAUUAAAUUUUGCAAGUUGUACCAGAUAUUCACACAAACACAUAACUGUCAAAAGGUUUAUUUGACUUUCAGUGUUCUUAACUUCUGUCCAAGGAGAGCAGAUCUGUUGAUAAUGACUGUCCCGAUAUGAGCGACUAACAGGGCAACCAUCAAAACCAUCAGGAAGUUACUGUUCCCAAACAAUCUAACAACCUAUUGACUGUUUCAUAUUCAUUUUACUUGGUUUUGUUUGUAUAUUAAGCUAAGCUCAUUAUUGCUGCAGUCCAUAUUUAGUUUAAAGCAUCAGUGAGGGAUUUUUAUUUGGUCGUAAGAUAAGAUAAGAUAACAUAAGAUAAGAUAAUAUAAGAUUAGAAGAAGUUUAUGUAUCCUACAGGGGAAAUUCGAUUCAUUAGACAUACUGAAGCUAAUUUGACAACAAGAUUGACUGUUUCAAAACAAUUUUUCUUCUGGGGGUAUGAGAAAAUUUAUAACACAUUAAAGAAACAGACUUGGUUUGUAUUUCACACAGCAAACAUUGAUAUCAAGCUCUUCUGUUUGACGAUUUGAAUACAGCAGAAUCAGUCUGGAUCAGAGUAGGAACUGCUUUGUCCACAGGGGGUGCCAGAGACAACAAAAACCAACAACUCCAAAACUAGAAACCGUGUUUGCUAUUGUAAUGGUUGAUUCGUAGGAAAUUAAAAGACUAUUAAAUUUAAUUGUGUAGACUCAAAUGUUAUCAAGUAAAUGUAGGCAUAUUUCAUACUUUGAAUCUGACAUGUCUCCCAGCAAGCAAACGCCAACCUGAGAAAAAAUUGCAACAACACAGCAAUUUGAGAUUCAACCACAACUAAAGUUAAGGUCGCAUUAAAACGCACCUCCUCCAACAUACUUGCCAUAUGGCUUAAUCAUGUGAUGUCAGGGGAAAGGAGAGGAAAGGCAGAACAAACAGGGUGGUUCUCCCUCUGUGUGAGGGGCCACCACAGAAAUAACAUCCAGACAGCUUUCAUCCCUAAACACACACUCUCUUUAGUCAAACCCUAAAUCACACACAAGGCUUUUUUUCCCUAAUGAAGCCAGAUUACCAACUCAGUGGUUCAGUCUUGGUUCACUUUGUUCUGUGUGUUGAGCUUCAGGGCGUGGACGCUGAUCUGCUGCUAGUGUGAACUUUGUGGUCUCACUAAGCCAAUCCUGAUCCUUGUUUGCUCCAGGAUACCUUUCAUGUGUCAUGAGCAGAUGUCUCAGAUGUACGUAAAAGCUUACAUUGAAAUACAUAAUUACCACACCAAGCAAAAAGAGUCGAGUUUUAUCAUUCCUCUCUUUUUUUAAAAUGUUUUCCUCAUAAAUCCUGAAACACACCAAAAUGAUAAACUCAAGUUAUCAGUGGAAACAUAACGCUCUACCAGAUGAGGUUUUGGGUGUAAUGACCUCCGCCUGGCUUCUUUUAAGUGACUUUUGAAUGAAUGGCUGAGCCGGUCCUGCGAGUCGACUCUGGUUGUGUCACAGCAGAGGCCUGGGAAUGAUGAAUGAAGGUUCAGAUGACAGCUUGCCCCGGUUUACAGGACUAUCUCUCUCCCUUCUUGCUCUGCCCUGUAGCUUCUGUAUUUUAAUGCUCCCCAGAUGGGAUUGACGUCGCUGUGACAGGCAGUGACGCAGGCAGGGUGUCGGGUAUCAGGGCCACUGACAGGUUGCCAUCAAUCACACCUCUUACCAGCUAACCACUUAAGUAAUAAAUGCUGUAACACACCUCUCUGAGCAUUUUUGUAGUAGUAGUUGUUGUUGUUAGUGGCUUUAUGAUGCAUAGGAAUGUCGAUUCUGGUUUGGUCCUCAGACUAGGGAACGUAAUCAGGUGUGUGUGUGUAGGUGCAUGUGUUGAGGCCUUUGUUCAGGUAAAAAUGCAGCUGAGUGUGUGACAGCACUUAUUAAAUUAGGAUCUGUUUAACCUUAAAGCUGAAAAGGAGUGGUAUGUGUUGAAACUUUAUAGGUAUAUUUUACAAAAAAAAAUAAAACCUAGUAGAUCAAUCAAAUGUCAGUAUUGUGAUUCUUUUUAAUAUACAGAGAGUUUAAGAUGUGUCUGAAUUUUAAUGUUCAGCCUUUUUCAAAGAUGAAUCAUAAGCCUCGUAUAAAGAUGCAACACAAUUUUCUUUUAUUAAUGGCAAAUCAGUGACCUACUGCGUCUGUCAUAAAGUCAAAAAAGUGUGAUAAAUUCACAUCAAGUUUUUUUUUCUUUAAGUUGUUUUGAAUUUAACGACAUUUUUUCUGUUGUCAAAGGUGUUAAAAACCAAAAAAUAUCUAAGCAUACAAAGAGCCAGAGCCACCAUACGUACUGCUCUUUCUCCAUAGAUAUAUAUAUUACCACCUAAGUCACUUAUUUUCUGACAUCAAAACUUAUGACAGUUAAUUCUUCACGUCUGAUCAUCUUCUUUUACAGCUUCACAAAAAUGCCUCUAUUGUCUACAUUUAAAAACCUGGAUUGACCAGCUCUUGUACUCCCAUUAUCAUCCAGAAGAGGGACUCUGAUCAUAGACUGACUCUUUUGACAGCAACUACAACACACAUCAUUAAUCAUUCACUUACAAGCUAAGCAGCUAUAUUAUUAACAUCAAACACUCCAAUUAAUGGGAUUAUAUCAGAAAAGCCUAAUUUUUAAUAAUUACUUUCAUCACUCUGGGCAGAGGCUGAGAUAGAAGUUUGAAGUUUGAUUUUGUUAGGAUCAAUAAUUUGUCCCCCUUCAAAACCACAAAAACCACAUAUCACAGACAAAAUACAUUCAGGGAAUCAAUAAAUUAAGAAGAAAACAAUAAAAUAAGUAAACCCACAGGAAAGGGGCAGGCUAAAGCCAAAUCAUAUUCUGCCCAUGUUUUUCAGAUUGCGUAUUUAUUUAUACCCAUGGGCUACCCUGUAACUGCUUUGUUAGGGUUCAUCAUUAUGAACAAUCUUCAUUGUUUUCUCCACAGCUGUUCCAAAAAGUUUACCCUUAGACAGAUAUAGAUCUCUGCUUUAUAUACCUUCUCUUUGUUAAAUAGAAGGACAUAUAGAGAAGAGGGUGUAAGGGCAGGAGAGAAGAGGUGAAAGUGGGUGUAACUGGCUGGUAUGUGAAAGACACAAAGACAAUGGCAUUGUAUUUGAAGACCAGCUGUCAGUGCUUCUGUAGGAGCUUCCUGUCCGGAUAGUGUGUUACGUGAGUCUGAUCACUGACCUUUGACCUCUUGAAAACACAAAAAGCCUAAGUUGAUAUAAUAGGUACAGAAUUUGUAAAGCAUAGAGCUGUUUAGUUUCACAAUUAAAGCACGAUCCACCACUAACUCUGCAGAAAUCACAUAUAAACACACAUGUACCUUACAAGAAAAGGAAUUUAGUCACUAAGGAAAUAAAACUUUCCCCUCUGAAACCUAUUAUAGUUGAAGAUCUAGUUAUUUGUAAUUCAGCUGCUGUUUUGAGUCUCAUAAUAGUCUCAUACAGUGUAAAAUUCCUGUGGGUUUAUUAUCAAGAAAUUCAAGGAAAAUACACCAACAACAAAACACAAAUACUUCCCCCAAAUUUGAUGAGCACCCCCCCCAAAAAGAAUACAAAAUGCACCUUUUUAACACAAAAUAUUCAUUGUAAAAUCACUGGCUCAUUUUGUUGGCUAUUCGGAGCCCGAUUUUUUGUUACCUAGGCAACCACUAUUUCUUCCAGGCUGUGUGUGAACUGAUGUCUGUCUGUCUGUUUCAUAUAAACCUGCAGGAUUUCAUUGAGGUUUUCCUAGUCUGCAUCAUGUUAAGUACACGUGUUGCUGUGCAGAGUAUGCAAAGAUUCGAUACCAUUCAGUGUCUCUGCUUUUUGAGGAAAAGGUAAAUAGUUCAGUGUCGUGUGUAAGUCAGGACUGAGUGUUCACUCCCCCGAGGAAGACCAAAGAGAAAUGAAAGUGAAAAAGCAGCGGGAGAAAGGCGUGGGUGAUAUUUUUGAUCUGUGUUCUAAAUUUAGCUCAGCGUUGGCUUCAAAUAGAAACUUGCCCAUGCAUAUUCAUGAAUGGAGGGAAGAAUCUGCUGCUCUGCGAUGCAGAGAGCAAAGCGACAGCAGGGAGGGAGGGAGGGAAGGCUCAGUAUUCUACCUGAAACUCUAUUUUUAGCCGCAGUGCUGCCUCUCUUGGUCUAUUCCCUGUGCAAGGGAAGGCUAUAUUUAGCUGCAUACAGGCAGAAGCGUGAUUCAGAUACAAAAAUAGAAGCAAGUUUAUGGUCUGGGUGUGCGGGACCACAGCCAGGGGUGCAGCAUCUUAAAGAGGACAGCACGAAAAGAUGAAGACAAACAGGAAACAUGCAGAGUGUUUGAAGCUUCGAGCUACAUGUGUACCUGUAGCAACUGAGAGAGAUAUGUGUGUGCUCACUGAUCAAAACCAUUCACGUGAUAGGUGUGUAAGGUGGCACGUUGCACUGCUGCAGCAUUUUGAAGGCAACAUUUGCACACCUAAAACAGCUUUCAUUCCUCAUUUUUCUCUGUCAGGGUUAUGGUAAAUCCUUAAACCACCUUUAAAUACACAUUUGAAAGGCAUGCAAUGAAUCGAGCUCAGUCAGUGCUUCCACAGUUAUGACUUAGAACAAGCUGUACUCUCUUUGAAAUUAAAGUGACCCUCUCUCUUUCUUUGCCCUAUUUUACCCCUCGCUCCGCUGUCUUCCCGCUCUCCCUCUGACUUCUCUACACGUCUAUGUAUAGUGCAGUCAGUGUCUGAAGCUGUCACAUGAAUGGAGGGAUGGGGGCUUCUGUUCUGCUGCUGUUACGUAACAGCCAGUAACACACCAACAUCUUGUCCUCACGCAGCAUCCUAGGAGUAUAUGAGGGGAGGAGGGAAAAGGAUGGGGAGGGGGAGCGAGAUGAGGAGUAAAAAAAGGAAUGAAUGAGAUGUUUGCACUCUGCAGCUAGUGAAUACCUACUAUAAGAGAACUGCAGAAAGCUGCAAGGGCAAUUAGAGCUGUGUUUAAUAUUUGUUGUACCAUGACUAAAAGCAUGGCAAUGUUAGUGCACUAACAAGAUGUGGAUUGAUUUGCACAAAAUGAUGUGCAAUAUCUGUUUUUAUUCACUUAUCUUUCUUUCACUGCAGCUAUGAGGUUGACAUUCAUGUUUUCGAAGUGAAUACCACCACAAUUAUGAAAGAAAUUAACAUGAGAAGUGGGUAAAACAUCCAUGUUUCCUUUUUGCACAAACUCAAUGAUCGUAUAUACAUUGUUAAACCCUUCAGGAGGUCACUUUGGCUGUGCUCUUGAAAUGAAUUCUGGAGACUACUAUACAUAAAGAGCAUGCAGCGAUAUGAUCUAAUCUUGAGUCUGCAUCUAAGAAACAUUCAUAGUCCCAGAUUUUGAACCACAGUUACUUUUAAUGGUCAUCUGGUUAAUCUGUUUAGCACUCCAAUAAAGUCGACAGUUGUGCUUUUACUUAAAAUUUUGAAGACCAGAGGUUAUCACUUGUCCCCAACACAUGCAAAUACACAAACACACAAAAUUAACAUUAGGCCAAUUGUUGCUCUUAAAGAACAGAACAGCCUGAUCUAUCUUUGUAUAGACUGUUACGAUUUUGGCUUGAGUCAUACUGCCAGAGUUAUUUGAUACUGCGUCAAGCCUCCAUUGAUGUAUGGGUGGCUUGGAUUAUUUCCCACUCUUAUCAUUAUUCAUCGUUCUUAGGGUCAGUCUUUAUUUUUUAUUCUUUAUUUGUAUAGCCUUAAUUCAUAACAAAUGUGAUCUUAAGACACAUAACAAAAAGAGCAAGACUAGACAAUACUCCUUGAUUUUAUUAUUCAUUAAAACCAGUGCUGGGACUAGAUAAGAGUCUAUCGUGUCUUGAUCCACCAUGAACAGAGCACACUUCAGAGAGAUGGAGAAAAAGACAGGCAACAACCAUGAAAGCGUCACGAAGAGCUUUGUAGGCCAGAAGAAUGAUUAUAUUAGCUAAUACAAGAGAGAUGUGUCCUCUGUUCCUGGUUCUUGUCAGUAUUCAAGUCGCAGCAUUUUGACCCAGUUGAAAAGUCUUUAUAGACCUUUUUAAUAAGGAAACAUCAUAAAAGGGAAUUACUAUGAUCCAAUCUAGAGGUUACACAGACACAGAUAAGUUUUUCUGCAUCAUUUUAAGGAAGGAUUUGUCUUUGCAGUAUUUUGAAGGUGAAAGAAGGUUGUCCUUGAAAACUUGUUGUAUGUAGAAGUUGAAAGACAUGUCCUAAUCAUAGAGAACUUCCAGAUUCCCAACAGCAGUCCAGGGUAGCUAUUUAGAGCAGUUUUCUAGAGUUCUGGGGAAGGAUUAAGCAGCAUAUUUUCUGGUAGUCUAGGUCUUUCUGUUUUUAAGGCAUGCUUCUAGUUUUGUUUGCUGGCUGGUUUCUUGCAUUGAUAGGUAUAACAGAGUGUCAUCUGCAUAACAGUGAAAGAGCACAAAGUGUUUUCUCUUGAUAUUACCCACUGGAUGCAUGUAUAAAGUGAAAAGAAACGGUCUGAGUACUGACCCAUGUGGGACUCCAUGACUGACCUUGGAGUGCACAAAGCAUUCUUGGUUUGUAUGUACAAACUAAGAUCUAUCUAAUAAAUAACCGAGCUAACAGCAGUUCCUAUAAGGUCAAUUGAUUAGCUUAGUGUCUGUAACAGGUCGUGAUGGUCAGUCACCCUUAAUGCUGCACCAAGAUCUAACAAGACAAGGACAGGGAGCAAAGCACUGUCUGAUGCCAUCAGUAGAUCACUCAACAAACAUCUCCAGUUUUUAAACUUUUGCAUCCAUAACUCCAGCCUUUAUCUGCGUUUGGCUUUUUUUUUUAAUUAUGUUGUUUCCAUACCAUAUGUAUUAAAAAUAUAAGAUGUGUGCUCGAGCAUCUUAGCCCCCUCCUGAAUCUUCCAUGUUUAACUAAUACUUGAUUUGCUAAAGUGUGGAUUUCUACUCUGGAUCUCCUCAGACUGUUUAGAAAUGGAGUCAUGUUGCCAAACAGAGCAGAAGCUGACAGAGCCUCCCCGGGUUCGCAUGUCAGCAGAGGGGCUGUGGGAAAAUAGAGAUGUGGAUCAAGGCUGAAACGUGCCCAGACUGCAAAAAGACGCCCUUCCAUGCUGUUGUUUGCUGUUUUUCUAUUCAUAGUCGAAUCCUGUUUGAUCAGGAGAAACUCCUUCUCACCUGCACGCUCAUCUAUUUAUAGACUCACACUCACAUGACCCCAAGUCAAUACUAUGAAGCUAAUUUUAUACCUGCUGUUCACUCACAGUCCUUCAGCACACAGACCUCCUCCGCACACACACUCUUGUUCCUCACCUGCAUGACAUUAGCCUCCUGGGCUUCACACCUUUAAUGAAGGGCUCAUCAUGUAAUCCAUGUUGAUACAGUUUUUCUCGAGAACACCAUGUACAAAUAGACGGGCUGAAAGUGGUUAUAACUUUCAGGGUCCCCAUUGUUCUCGAUCUACUUUAGAGGCUGCAUAUGGAAUAUUUGUGAUGUUAUCUACUCUUGUUAUGUUUUCGACUUUAUGUGAAUGGCUCGGUGGUUCUUAACAGUCUGCUUUCGUUUGUGGCGGGAGGUUCAUUAACACAGAGAGAUCAAUUUAGAAGCAAUUCACAGUCUGUAGCUAUAAACACCCUCUCGUUGUGCUGAGUUAAAUGCACUUUGUGAAUUAUCUCAGUGUUUUCUCAUAUAUUUCACUCCGUCACCCUCCUAAAUUUGUCUUUUUUAGCCCUUAUUUUCCAUUGUUACUUCAAUAAUAAGGACUACACUUCCCUCUAAAUUACACAACUUCCUGUGAAAGAGUUAUAAACAGCUAAAUUGUGCUACAAAGUGAUGAAAGCUUGUGAUAUUUUUACUUCGGGACCAUUGUGUGAUAUGUUCUGUAUCUCUUUCUUAUUGUUAAUCAAGCAGCUACACUUUUACAACUGGAGUAUGUCUUUAAUAGGGAUUUUUAAACUGUUUAUCUACUGAGAGUCCAUAUUCAAUUAGACAGAGUGGCCCCUAGCCGUGUACGUUCAUCUGGAGUCUAUAAAUCCGGCCUCCAUUGAUCUAUUUAUCUCUCAUUAUCACCAUCAUGAUGUUUGCUCUUCUCUCAGAAACUAAUUUGCGUAAAAGACACCACAGUGGCGGCUUGAGGAUGCCCGAAGCAAUAGAUGAGCUUUUUAUGAAUACACCCAGAGACAUAGAUAUAUUAAAUACAAGAUAAGAUGCCUCCUGAUUUAUGCGUGUACAGAUCAAUGUUGAAGUUAAUGGAGGCUUUGUGGGAUUUGCGGUUUAUUGGGAAGACAAUGACUUGAAAGUAGUUUAACAAUAGCAAAUCUAAUAAUAAGAAGUGGGUCUCCAUGUUGGAUGAAUCAGUGCUCUCUUCAUUUCUUCUCCUGUGCUUCAGACUAAGUCCUUCUGGUUUCCUUAUUAUGAAUUAAAUAUUUCUGAAUAUUUCUUUUGGACUAAUGAUCUCACUCUUCCCCUCUGUCUCUUUCUAUUUUUUUCUCUUUCUGUGUCUCCUCUCAGUUUUGAUGUGGAGAAUGGAUUGUCCGUGGGACGCAGCCCCCUGGACCCUCAGGCCAGUCCUGGCUCUGGUCUGGUCUUACAAGCUAACUUCCCUCACAGUCAGCGGCGGGAAUCCUUCCUGUAUCGCUCCGACUCUGAGUUUGACCUUUCACCCAAAGGUCCCUCCAGAAACUCCUCCGGUGCCAGUGACCUGUAAGUUGACUGAAACCUCUUUUUGAUCACCAUCACAUUACUUCACUGGUUUGAUUUUGUAGAGAAGUUGGGUUAUAAGAAGAAAGAAAAUACAUGUUUUCUUCAAUUAUUCACAGUCAAGACAAUUCGUCCUCGUACAUUACAUCCCUCAAAAAAGUCCAGCAUCUCUUAUUGGUUCCUCAUCUAUCCAUCCAUCUAUCCAAGUAAACUUCUAUUUGAUAGUCAAACAAAGAAGAUAUUGAAAAAAAACUCAUAGGCUGUGCGUUUCCAAAGUCCCUGAUCAAAUUAACAGUCUCUACAGCCCAACAUUUGUAGAACAAGCAGUUUUUACUGUCGCACUUGAAUGCAUGUCACACCUGCUGGUCUGGAAUUUUAAAGUACUUAGGCACCUGUAUAAAAGGACGUUUUUACUUUGAGUUUAUUUCUCCUCAUGCUCUGCCUUUGUCCUAAAUACCCCUAAAAAGUCUCUUGUUAUGUGGAAAAGCCUCCAAGUUUUUAACGUCAGCAGUCAGAGACUUCCUUAUCAACUCUCGCCUGUCUGUUUUUAAAGGGAAGAAAGCUUGAAGCACUGGGAGGUCAACUGGUUGUCAUCUCGGUGAGAAGAUCAUGAUCGAAGAAUCAAAUAAAAACACUGACUCUGUCCCUUUGAAGCCCACCCUCCCAUUCCUUUUGGGUUUUUUUCCUUCAGACGCACCCUUUCCCCUUCUUACAGAUUUUACUUAAUAUUAGACACUUCACCAGUGACCCUCCCUCAAACCCCUCCCCUUAAAACACCCACAUCUGUUUUGUUUGUUCUUGCAUGUGACAUCCGAACCGCGAUAACCAAGUUCUUGUUACGCACUUGUUACAGUUUACACUCAUGUCAUCCACCCUUUCACUCACCACGACCCACUCCUUCACCAACCUUCUUAUGUGCAGUGCAUGACAUCAAAUAUUUAUUCUUUGAUUAUUGAAUUGGGAAGAAAGAUGUCAAAGAUAGUGAUGAUUGAAUAUAUCAGACACAAGAAUGUGAUUCCUAAUUUUGUCAUGUGGAUGUUUGGUUGUUCAGACAUUGUUUGAUGAAAGCCUCAGGGCAAAGUGCAGUUUGGUUUGUAUUUUAUUACUCUUAACAAAGUUGUUUACUCUGAAUCAGUUUCUCCUUCAAAUGUAGGGGCUUCUACGUAGAUCGUGAAUCUUGUGUUUUAAGCUUUUCCUUCAUGUUUAUUCUGUCCUGUUACACAGACACACAGAAGACAUGAUAGUCACUCCAUUUGCACAGGUAAGUCCUUUAAAAACUUUUAAAGUUAUUUUGUUGAUGCAUUUUUAAAAUUGCCUUGUGGUUAAAUCAAUAGAUAAUAAAUUGAAUUUGCAGCAGACACUUGGAGCCAUAAAAGCAUAUAUUGAACACCAUAUGGUAGGAAACUGGGAUACACUGCCUCAUCAGAAUAGCCCCAUGGCGUUAUGUUGGCCCAGUGACAAUAUGAGGCAUUCCACCGGUGAUGCCCCUCUCUUGCGUUGGAUGUGCGUCACACUUGUGCUCACUUUACAGAGCAAAAGUAGUGGUGAAUCCAAUACUGCUGGUUCAUGCUGUCUAAAUUCGCAUGCAGUAGCUGAUAAGGCCGCUACAUGGGUCAGGCUUGGACACAGGAUACUCUGCAGGCUCCCCCUGUGUGCAGUGUCAGUGUUUGGCCACAGAUAAAGUGACAGACAUGACAUAGAAGGGUGUCAGUGAUGCCAUCAAAACAUCAGACAGGCGAGACAGGGGAAUGCCACAGCGUAGCACUUGAGUAUGGAGGACGAAGGCCACAGUGUUUGGUUUCAAAGCCACGUCGGCACUUGAUCUAGUUCAAGAUGCAUUAAGUGAAGGCAUAUGUAUGUACUUAUAGCAUUAAAUGAAAGGACAUGUGUGCAAAUAUUACAUAAGUCAUAUUUUAUGGUCCUGUACAUUCAGUUUCUUCUUCUCACCUUAUAGGUCCUCGCCAGUCUGAGGACAGUCCGAAGUAACUUUGCUGUCAUAACCAACCAGCAAGAUCGCGCAGCCAGCAAGUAUGUUUUUAGAAAAUUUCACCAAGCACCUGACUGUUUUAAUCAUCAUGUUCACUCAGUAUUAGCUCUGUUUACUGACUGUGGAUGGUUUUCUUAUUCACAGGACACGAUCCUCAGGCAGUAACCCACCAUCCAUGUGCAAGACCAGCCUGGCAGGUUGGUCCUUUUAUUAGAGCGGGCUAUUUAAUAAUCGAUAUUCCAUUAUCAUCAUUGACCCUGCUCACAAAGGAAGAGAGGCAGCAAGGACAUUAUCGUGAUUAGAGCUGUGAACUGUAUAAUCUGGGUUACUGGUAACAUGCCACAGCAGUGAAUAAGGAAAUGACGUCAGUCACAAACACACAAAGUCUAUUAGAGGGAUACACAUCUGAAAAGCUGUGUGCUUGUGAGUGUUGUUUGUCCACAGAGCAACAAAUGCUGCAUGUGCACACAAGAUCCAUGCUGAUUAAACAAUGUAGUCUACAGGUAAACAGGAUGAGUUCAAUGGAGGGUUUUAUCAAUGAAAGGUACAAUAAAAAGUCAAAGCAACAACAGAUGAUAAACAAACAUUUAAAGGUAGUUUCUAAAUGAAGUUUUUGUCCUGAAAUCAUUAAGGGCCUGUGUCCACUAAUCAGGUUUUUCACAAGUGUUUACAAAGGACCUCCAAUUCAGACACCCCUGAUUGGUGUAACUGUUGCUAGGAUACAAAAGUUGUCUAGCUUCAGCUCUGCUUCCCAUGUGAGGGACCGAAAUAUCUGUAAUAUGUUCUGUGUGCUUGAUUUGCUUUAUAUUUUCAUUUUCAUAGGGAAUCUUACAGAAAAGUAAAUACACUGAACAGAAAUGGCAUCAUGGCAUUUAUAACAGCUCUAGACCUGAAAACGUGACUGUUAAAAGAAGUACCCAGAUUAAUUUCUUCUCUGCAGUUGUUAUCCCACCCUUUUUUGAUCCUGAUCUGUCGUUGAAGAAAAGGUGACAUUUAAACUAUCCAGGGGUGCAUUAAAAAUUCAACCAUUUCAAAGUGAAAUACGGUGACAUAGAACAGCUGAUUCUGAGGCUGUUUUUCUGUGCUUGGGCCACUGAGCACUAAAAUGACUAAACUGAAUUGGUUUUAUUUCACAAAAAGUUAAAGCUACCAGUGCAAACAAAAUAAUAAAUAAAUAUUUGGUGGACACCAGGCCUUGAACAUCCACAUGUCUCUUGAAAGAUAAGGGAAAAUGAAUGAAUAUAGCCAAGUAAAAUAACAUAUUGAAAAUAAUGCAAAGGAUUCAAGGAUUUAAGGAACUUUAUAUGUCAUAUCCUACACCUUUGACAGUCUGUGGUACAAAAUUAGUACCCAGGUCCAUUUCCAAGCCAAGAAUAAAGUACAAUACAAUAAAUAAAAUAUAGUUCAAUAGAUAAAAUACGAUAACAAAAAGCAAAAUGUAAACAGAUUAAAGUAAGCCUGAAAUUAGCUUAAAUUCUUUUUACAUUUUGCUCUUUGUUGCUCUUAGAAAAGGUUAUUCACAAAACCAAAGUUAGUUUGGAUGAAAAGCCAAUGAGCAACUCACUUUCUGUCUGUCUUUGUGCUGCUUAGCUCGUCUGGGUUUGUUUUUAGGAAAGGAGUCAUGGAGAGAGUUGGGGCAGGCUUUUGUGUUAUUGGGGAAGUAGCUCAGUCAGGUGUGGCAUGAUGUGGGGUGCAGAGAUGCUGGUGGAAUGAGGAGCUCUGAUUUAACACAUCAUUCAUGCUUGGUCACGUGUCAGUCUCACAACUUCAGAAUAAUUAAAAUGUAGAAUCUAUUGUCACAAAUGUCAAACAAAUAAAAUAAUCUAAGUUUUAUAAUGCAAAAAGUUACAUUCUGUCACAGAUAAGAUCUUGUUGUUCUCAGAUAUCAUUAUCAUUUCUUUCCAAUACCUUUUUAAGCUUUAAUAGAGAGCCACUUUUCCUAUCAAUUUAAGUCCAUCCCAUAAUCCCUUGUUGUGUUUGUCCGAUGCAGAGGAGCCACACCAGCAGCUGGCCAUAGAGACUCUGGAUGAGCUGGACUGGUGUCUGGAACAACUGGAGACUCUGAAAACUCGACACUCUGUCAGCGAGAUGGCCUCCAAUAAGGUACUCAAACACCAAACACUGGACCAACCCAUCAUCAGCUUGAUUCACUUUACAUACACACCAGAUAAAAACCUCACACUGCCACAUGGGUCAUUAAGUCUGGUCAGGUCGUGUGCAAGGUUGCAGUGCAGUCCCUCAGAUCUGCGCUGUGAUUCACCCCUCUGAAGGAUUUCUAUGAGUCAUGUCAUUAGUCAUUUUCUUAUGAGUCUUGUUGCUAUUUUCAUGGUAGUUAAACAGCUUGAACAGAAUAUAUUAAAUGACCCUGAAGUUAUCAAGGUUGAAUUCCAGUCUGAAGGUAUUUUGAAACUGAAAUGGUUAAUUUUGUUGUGUCAGAGCACAAACCGCAAAUCCUCGUGUAGCUCCUGAUUGUUGAAAUAUCUAAAAAUAUACUGCAGUCCCUUCCGCUAUUAUUAUUCUCACUGCGACUGCUGGUUUUGAUGUGACCUGAAUGACCCCAAAUCAGUAAUCAAAUUCAUCAAAUAAGGAGGUGUUAGCUUUAUGAAGAUAAAAUAGCUCAGCAGGUUAUUAAUAGAAAAGAUCAUGUAGCAAUACCGAAGAGCUUCGUAUCAUUUUCAUCAGUUUUAUCCCUGUGAACAUGUAUGUCUGCAGCUAAGCUAUCACCGAUCCAAAAGCUUCAAAAUGCAGAGAAUCCAUCACUGCAGUGUGAAAAAGAUCUGUCAUCCAUCAGCACUGUGGAGGAUUUUUACUCCAUGAAUGAGCGGGAUGUUUCAUGCAUGCAGAUAGAGACUAGACACACAGACUCUCCCUUCCCCCCGCUCAUGUGCAGAAAAAUGUGAAUGAGGUAGUGAGAGCUGAAGAUGAAACGGCAUCCCCCUCUCAACCACUCUUCCUCCCUGGAUCCCUCUCCUCUCCUCCUCCUCCUCCUCCUCCUCCUCCUCUCCUCAGACUGGAGCCAGUCGCUCAUGUGAUCCCAUGAUUAGACCGCCCACACACAACAUACACAUGCUCUUCAUAGUAACACACACGCACCUCACAUGUACACACCGUUUUCCUGCCAUCACAUACAUGUCAUUGCACUUCCUCUCAUAAAUUGCAUGCUUGAAUACAUAAACGGCUACACACACUCACGUGGCGGAGGUUUCGUGGGAGGCAGACAACCCCCCCCCACACACACACACACACACUCGCCCCCCCACCUCCCUUUCCGUUCCUGCAGAUCAGUCAAUGAGCAGCUUCAGUCAGUGGGGGAGAAUUAUUCAUGCUGGCACUUGGGAACAAAGGCAGGCACAUGGGAGGCCGAAGUGAAGACUGUUUCCACAUCACUGACAAACUUAUCGAACAGUUCGGCUUAAAGAAGAUCUUUAAUGACCCCUGAAAGUGUCUUUAAGGAAGACUGCAGUAUGGCAUAACUGAAACAUUGAGCCUGAAGCAACUCACUUUAGCUAAUUUAACCCCACUGGGAACCCUUAACAUCGCUGUUUACAGUCUCCAAUGCUGAUUUGAUUUUUGAGAAUUAUCUCCAUUGCUAAGGUUUUGAAAUUGUCGUGUCAUAUUCUCUAAUACAAGCUCUGCAUCAUGGUGCAACAGCUUUAGAAAAUCACCGAGUUUGGAGAAGAUAACAGCACAUUUUUGUGAAUCAGAAUGUGUUCAGGACUUCCAUUCAGCUCGAGCUCAUCUCCACACGUAAACAUGUUAUCUUCAGUAUGGAGGGACUGGAAGAUUUGAAUGUGAUUUGCAGUGAAAAUGUUAUCUUAUCCAUUCAUGAUCAUGUUUACGAUAACAGAGGAUGUCUCCUCAUAUUUGUGGUACGUUUUGUUCUGUUUUUAUUUUUGGCUACAUGAAUGAAAUCCCCCCCCCCCUCCCCCCACCCUCUAUCCAUUCAAAGCUUUUCCUUCAUAUCUUCUUCAAACUUGGUGCACAUGGUCUGUCCCACUACCUCCGCCUCCUAACACGCUCUGCUCCGCCUACUUUGUACAUCUCCCCGCCAAUGAGGGUCUGCUGCUCCUCCAUCCUCUGCUGCAGCAGGCGCCUGAUUGGCUGCUAUUCUUAGACAUUUUUUGGAAGGAGGCGGGGAUUCGAGUACCUCGUUCUCCCUGUGUUUACACACACAUACGGGAGCAGCCAGUAACUAAGUGAAUGAGGGAGAGUCAGGGGGAGCGAUGGAGUGCCUCGCAUCCUUGCAUCCCGCAGCACUCCAGCAUCUCGGCUCCUGUCUCCUCUCUUCUCUUGGACCUUUGAGCACUUCUUUCUUCCAUCUGUCCUACUCAUACUGAUCAGAGCACUUACCAGUGGACUGUCUGCUUGCAGUGGAUUUUCGCUCAGGCAAGCAGUAUAGGAGCACAAAGUGUCCCUGCUGUCUUCCCUUGGCAGGAGUCAGAGAACGACAAAAAAGCUCUCUCGUUUUUUUUUGCAAGGUUCUUUUUUUGCCCUCAUGCUUGACUUUGCGCUGAAAUGCCAGAAGUGAAUUAUCUCAUCACCGUGUCGUGGAUGUUCAUUCAGGUAAGGGGAGGCAAGGGAUGAGCGGGGUGGGAGGGGAUUAGACUGCUCGGGCUCACAUGUUGCUCGUUUUGUGAAUGAGUGUGACAGAGUGGACAACUGGUGUUUGAUGGUAGAUAGUCGGCUCUUUCUCUGUCUCUAGACAUUUUCUAUUGGAUUAGUUGAUUUUUGAACAGAUAAACACCAAACACAAGCAGAGUGUGCAGCGUGUGUUUGGCUGCAGGCUACAAUGUGUAAAAUCAGCCAUGCUUUCCCCCUCGUCCAAUCAGAAGCUGCAGCACUGUGUGACAUGAGACAGACACAUGUGAAGACUGUUGGUGGUGCGAUUUCUGCAUAUUUUGUGACCGAAAGAGUCCGAGCUUUCAUGAUUUUGCUGCAAGGUUAUUUGUGAAAUGAGUUGUGUUUGAUCAAACUCAUGAAUACUUGCAUGUGUGUGUGUUCUUCAGUUCAAGAGGAUGCUGAACCGAGAGCUCAGCCAGCUGUCAGAAACCAGCCGAUCAGGAAACCAGGUGUCUGAGUUCAUCUCCAGCACCUUCCUCGGUAAAACACCUUUGCUUUGUACAAUCAACAAGCUCCACGUGCAGAGAGUGUGCAGUGUUAAUGUUUCCCCCGUCUCCAUCUAACAGAGAAGCAACAUGACAUGGACAUCAUGUCACCCCCAACAAAGGACAAGGACAAGAAGAAGCGGCCCAUGUCCCAGAUCAGCGGUGUGAAGAAGGCCACCCACAGCCCCAGCCUUGCUCCGUCCAACAUCCCUCGCUUUGGGGUCAACACCAGCCAGGAGAGUCUCCUAUCAAGGGUAUGAGGACUAGUCGUAUUAAAAUUAGAUCUGAAUUGUUUUUUAAUACAUUCUGCAUGUGAAUGAACAUCAUUUUUUUUGUUGUCCACCUGCAGGAGAUGGAGGAUGUCAACAGAUGGGGUAUUGACAUCUUUAAAGUUGCUGAGUACUCUGGGAAUCGUCCUUUGACGGUCACGAUGUACACCAUCUUCCAGGUAAUCUUUGUUCUGCUUAAACUCAAACAGUCAGUGAUUGAAAGACUCUAAACAAGCAAACAAAGAAUUGAACUAGAGCAAAGAAUGACAGAUGUUGACCUUGGCUGACCUGGAUGUUUCUGCUUUGUAGGAAAGAGAUCUUCUGAAGUCCUUCAAAAUACCCACUGACACUUUCAUCACCUUCAUCAUGACUUUGGAGGACCAUUACCGUGCUGAUGUGGCCUAUCACAACAACAUCCAUGCUGCAGAUGUCGUCCAGUCAACACAUGUCUUACUCUCCACCCCUGCUCUGGAGGUAGACCAUCUCCCUAGUUGGUUUUUAGAGAGAAAAAAAAAGUUCAAACUCAAUCAUUGUAAAUCAAAACAACUGGAUUCCAUCAUGUUGACUGUUUCUGCUCUUUGUGUCAUCCCAGGCUGUAUUUACUGAUCUGGAGAUCCUCGCUGCUUUGUUUGCCAGCGCCAUCCAUGAUGUGGAUCACCCUGGAGUUUCCAAUCAGUUUCUCAUCAACACCAGUGAGUUUGCAUAGCUUCACAGGGAUAAUGCGAGUGUGCGUGUGUGGGUGCUGGGUGUGUUUAACUUUGCAGAUGAGGCGCCUGUAUGCGCUUGUCUGUGUAGAAUUGUGUUUCGCGUUUGCAGAGCCGAUUGUUAAGUUUUGCCUUAUUCUCCCAUCAGACUCAGAGCUGGCCCUGAUGUACAAUGACUCCUCUGUGCUGGAGAAUCACCACCUGGCUGUCGGCUUUAAACUCCUCCAGGACGAAAACUGUGACAUCUUUCAAAACCUCAGCAAAAAGCAGAGACAGUCGUUGAGAAAAAUGGUCAUUGAUAUGGUACGAGGAGCUCUCAAGACUGUAGAUGUAAUUCUGUCUGACUCAGAGACACAGCAGGGUAACACUGUGUUUUAUUUCCCAACCUACAGGUGUUGGCCACAGAUAUGUCAAAGCACAUGAACCUCUUAGCAGACCUGAAAACCAUGGUGGAAACCAAGAAAGUGACCAGCUUGGGAGUCCUGUUGCUAGACAACUACUCAGAUCGUAUACAGGUGAGACCACCGUCUUAUCUAUUCAGUAGAAGAAGUUUGUGGUUAACAGGAUCUUCAUUUUAAUGAAAGGUGUGUGUCUAAAUCUUUGCAAAAGAGCCCUGCAACCAAUUAACGCUGCUUCAGGUGAAAUACUUCAUACUAAUAAGACUACCUAUGAGUCACUGCCAGCCUGUUUAAAGCAGAAAAGGGGAAAACAACUCAAAAAGACAAACAUUAAUAAAGCAUUUUUUUGUUUUUGACAGCACAAAUUGUUCUGUGUCUCCACAGGUCCUCCAGAAUAUGGUGCACUGUGCAGACCUGAGCAACCCCACUAAGCCUCUGGAGCUGUACCGGGCCUGGACGGACCGCAUCAUGGUGGAGUUUUUCACCCAGGGAGACAGGGAGAGAGACAAAGGCAUGGAGAUCAGCCCCAUGUGUGACAAACAAAAUGCCUCAAUAGAGAAAAGCCAGGUACAGAGUCAAAGCUGCAGCUUCAAAUUCAUGAAAUCUGUCAUGAAUCUUUCAGUAAGUUUGGUGUUAAACGGUGUGCUCGCUUCUUGUUACAGGUGGGUUUCAUUGACUACAUUGUUCAUCCUCUGUGGGAGACCUGGGCAGACCUGGUCCAUCCAGAUGCUCAAGAAAUCUUGGACACACUGGAGGACAACAGAGAGUGGUACCAGAGCAUGAUCCCCCAUAGCCCCUCACCAAACCAGGGCCAGGAGGAUGAAGAGGGGGCCCUUGCUGGGGAAGCAUCAGCGGUCAGUGGGGGUAGUGCUUCCACCUCAACUGACAAGUUUCAGUUUGAGCUGACACUGGAAGAGGAGGGAGAGUCUGAGACUGACAGUCCACCUGAGGAAGAGGGAGGGCACAGUGGCAGCAGGGGGUCUGAGCACUCCGGGACUGAUUCUGGCAGCGUGUUCGAUGCUGCAACCCACCUGUCCAGCACAAAACUCUCCCCUGACUCAGACAGGACGUUUCCCUUAGACUCUGAGAAAGACAUAGAAGAAGACAUAGAAGAAGACAGAGAAACAGACGAGGAAGGCGUCUCUGAGGUGCCUCGCUUCAGAAUUGGCACAUAA